CAAUCUGCGAUUAGAGACCAACACACUCAGUCACACUCCCACCCACCCCGGACUCUAUUACCCACUGACCAAUUCUUCAUUCAUCUCUUUCACCGUCCCUUAAACAGCGCUAAACUGGAAAGCCAAUUCAUACUAUUUCUUCCUCUUCGCCAGUUAAAGGGACACACCGAAUUUCAACGAUAAGGUGAGGUUUAUCAUCCGUGUUUUUCCUCCGUCCGUGUGUGUAACAUUAGCUCGCUUGGUGUCUCACACUAACGUAUGUUCAGUUGUGUGUUAUCGCACUAAUGUGUGUCGCUCGUGCUAACGGCUAAGCUAACCGUCCUCUGCUAAACUGGUAGCAUCCUUUUCAGACACUUGCCUCAUUGAAACGUUAUCAGCUCCGGGAGUUCAACACGACGAAAAAAGCAACUGGAAAAGUUGUUCACAAAGUAGAUAAUGCUUCUUCAGAUGUUUCUUUCAAUGAGGUAGUCGAGGACAUGAGCGUUAUUGUGUUGAAGUUGUAACUUAGUGAGAAAACGGUCGGAGAGUUGAGUAAGUAACGGUUUAAAUGUCACCGGUUACUUGGCACGGAGAGGAGAAGAGAGGAGAGGCAGCUCAGUCUUUACCCCACAGCGUGGAUAUUUUCUUUGUUGCCAAGCUGGUCCACUCUGCUGGUCCACCGUUUGUCCAAAAAAAGAUUUUAAUGAACAGGUGAUGAAAUAAACAUGUGUCCCAUUAUUGGUUUUAGCUGUAAGCCCUCAUUUUAAGCGCUGUAUAACUAGUGUCAGCAGCCUAUAUUGAUGCUUAUUGGGUUUCAGUUUACAGCAUGUUAAAUUACCAGACUCCUUGAUUCAGCAGAGGUGAAAGUGUACCAUCUUCUUCAUCUCUUCUUCUCACAUGCAAUGAUUAGUUAUCAGUGUUAAAGCCGGGGGGCAGUCUGCUGCAUGUCUCCCCUCUAUCUUCUUCAGUGUUUUGUUGCUGCCUCUCAAAAAAGGAAAGCGCAGCUAAUGCUGCAGCUGCGGUCUGAGCUGAAUUUUACCCUUUGAGAUUAUGACAAUACCCUCCAUUUUUCCGCUUUCAUAUUAACAACAAGGCAAUCGCCAUCUUGAGGUAUUUAAAUGAGCUGUGCUCUAUGUAAGCGACGUUAAUGUACAUGUCAAAGUUUUGAAACUUUGCAGAAGGACAAAUCUGAAUGAUGCGUCUUUGUUUUGUGGUGAAUCUGAAAUUAAAGCAACGUUUUAUUCCCAAAAUGAGGUUUGAAGUUGUGAGGAGUUUGAUUUGACAAUUGAGAUUUCAAGUCAAAUUUGUAAUCUUGCAUAAAAAAGCCUAUUCUGUGUCAAAUUUACAGUGUAAUCCUGGAGAUUAAGUUUUUGAACCCUUUACUGAAUCUGUCUGCAAAAGCACAGUAUGAAGCCAAAGCAGAAAUCAGGGCAUAUGGAGAUUGCCCUGAUUUCUCUCAUGUACUCUUCAUCCUGUGCAUACAUUAUCUUUAUUGUAAGAAACCCUCUUGACAUGUAAUCUGUCUUUCAUUUUACAGAGACACACACAAAGUUGUGCUGUGUUUUUAAGUGCCUGGCCAAGGGCAAAUCUGCUUUUAGAGGCUGAUGCACUAUUGAAAUGAAACAUUUCAGGGUGUUUCAAUGUCCCCACUUUUGUUUGUGGAAAAAUCCAUAAAAGAUGAGAACCUUUAGCAUAAAAAUUAACUCAUAUCAAACUUGGUCAUGAUGGCAUCAGUCACAGUGUGUUCCAUUAAGUUAUGUGCACAGUUUGGUUUAUUGCAACCAGUGGUGUGAACGUGUCAAUUUAUUGUCUGUCCUCUUUCGUUUGCUAUCAUAAGUGACAGAAAGAAAAUAGCAUGUACUCUUUGCACACACUGCUUCAAGUGAAAAGGCAGUAAACUGGUUAAGUCCAUCAUUCAAAUGGCUUCAGUAGCCAAGGCAGUGCGAUAAAUCAGAUCACAGCCUUGAUGUGUUAUGCAUGCAUCCAGUAACUGCCAAUGAAUCAAAACACAGGUAGAAGGUCACUAAAUUUGCCUCAUAUUUAUUCAGAGCACAUGUCCUUGAAAACCUCUGCAGAGAGAACAAUGUUGAAGUGCUGUGUACUGGGAUUCUGAUAAUUUAUGUUAAUAUUUUAACAUUGAGAAAGAGGAGAGUCAGCAGCUUGGCAUUUGAAUGUUAAAAAUAUUGAAGGGUUUUGUUCUGCAGGCUCCAAAUGCAAAUGUAGGACAGGGUUUGUAAAUGAUUCGAAAGGGCACUAUUACGUGUAAGCAGCCUUUACAUUCACAUAAAAAAUUAAAAACAAUAAUACCAAACAAUCAUGAGCAUUAAAAUGUUAUUCUAAAUUCUAGAUCUUUAAUGCAGCAGCAUAUCCAAAUCACAAUUUCUUAUCAUUUUUAGAUUUUUCUGCCUGAGCUCGAGGCCUGUGGCAGUGUAAAUCCAGGUGUCUCAUAUCUGAUCUAUUUCCUCACCGUAACACCUUUUACCCUUUGUCUUUUGGAAGAUCAAAGCUAAACAGGCAGGACUGCAAAUAAUUGUAUUUUCACCUAUUUUCACCCACUCUCUUUCACUCUUACCCUUUCCACGAGUUUGCACUCAUUAAUCAAAGGUGCCGCUCUCCCGCUGAGGGCUGAGCAGGUUCAUCAAUUUGGCAGACGGCUUGCUGUAAGGAACGGUGCAGAGGCUCUUAACACACAAGCAUAAAUAAAUCUACAGUCUUUAUAUGCAAGGCCUGAAGGUUAAUACUGUAUAAUGCAAUGUACCCUCUUUGUCUGUUGUGAUUGAUGUUUUAAAACAUGUAAGGCUUGACGGGAGUCCCUUUUUGUAGGUCAGUGUUGACACUUUAUGAUUGGGUGAGCUCGAGGGGGGCAGUGGCACGAGGGAGGUGGAUUAUUAGGAAUAUGUCAGAGAGAUUACUCUUUUUCACUCAUCUUUCUGGUCUAUUUUCUCUCUCCACCCUGGAGAUGCUUGUCGCAGUGCUUUAUUUGAACCAAUGAUGCUUUAGAGAUUGAAGUUCCCCUGCUGUGUUGAUGGAGCUGAUGUUAAAAACGCUCGUAGUCUGCUCUACUUUUGAGGUUGUUUAGUAUUUAUUUGCGUCCUGUGCUGCAGGAUAUGCAGCUUGGCUGAGAAAGAAUAAAUUUACUCUGAUUAAGACCAACCUUUUUUCCAUUUUCUUUUCUCAACUACUGUAUAGCUCUAUUUAAACAAAGACCAACCUCAGCAUCCCCCUUUUUAUUGAUCCACAUGCAUUUAAAAUCUGGUCACUGCUGCCACAAAACACUUCCCAUUGUUAUUGUCGUAUGCAGCUGCCGCAGCUACAGUUUUCAAUAUCACACCUUUCAUCAGCGCUGCCUGACUUAUCAGAACAAGAAAGUUAUAGAAUCAGCAAAGACAAAAAUCUAGAGAAUCUUAUAGAUUACAUACUGUGUAGUAUAGGACAGGCUGUGCAUGUUCCUUUGUAAGCUAUGAGGGAUUUGCAACGUUGUCCUUGACCUAUAAAACAUUUGCUGAAGAAACAACAAAAUUACAGAUCCACUUUUUAUAUACACACAACUUUGAAGAAACUUUUUUUUUUCUGUGGAGUGCCUUUAAAAAGUUUUAGCUGAGUGGCCCGAAUGAGUCAGUAGUUCCUUGAAUGCUGUCUGUAACCAUCUGCUUCCUGUUUUAUCUUUUAAUUUAACAUAUCUGAAAAAUCUUGGUAACGGCCCCCAAUAACCAAAUCAUAAAACCCAAAUGAAAAUGCUUUAUAUUGACUGAUUUUGUGGGGGAUUGUACUGAUUAUGCUACUUAUGCAGACAAUAACAAAUAUUAAAGUUCACCCUGACCUCUCUAGUUAGAUGAAACACUUAAACCUUGCAAUACAGGGAGUAUGAAGCAUGAAAAAGAGCCCCGUUUCUGGUACUGUUUUGGAACAUGUUAGUUUAUUGCUCAUUAAGCUGUUAGUGUUUUGAAGCUUUUUUGCCAUUCUGUGUCGUCUGAACAAUGAUUUGGAUCCAUACAAGCACAGCUGAGUAACAUGAGGACACUCAGUCUUGUAAAGUUCAAAAACAUGUUGCAACAUCCAAUUAUUAGGAACUGGAGGGUGACCUUUUCCCUGCUGAUGUACAUUCAUGAGUUGGUGACAGUAAUCUCUUUUGCACCAAGAGUCACAGCAUAAAAAGGUGUAGAUGGAAAGAUGACAUAUAACAAGUGUUGCUAUUGAUCUGAGAGUGUGAAUCCAUUGUUGUUAAUGUUUUAAAAGAUCUUAUGUUUACUGUUCAUAUUUACACCACGAUUUAGGAACUGUAGAAAGGGAGUUUUUUCCAUUAUUUUUACUUUUAAUGUCUAAAAAAAAGGAUUAUUUUUUCCUGGUAUGCUUGAUUGAUGUGAAAUCAAUGACCCCCUGCUUGAUAGAUGUUUGAUAAAUGGCUGGGUCAGAAUGAAAUGUUUAACAGCUGUCCAAAUAUAUUGUCCUUGAAUUGUACCAAUAUGGAUUAACUUCAUUAAAAGUCAAAUAUAGUUAAAGAUGGUGAAUUUUAGACCAAAUACCCUCAGCAGAAGUAAUAGCCUACUUUGUCAUAACUAAAUUUGUACAUUUCAAACAAAAAGUUAGAAAUAGAAAUAAAGAAACAGCUUUCAGGGAUGGCAGUUGGUCAAGCAGUUUAAGCAUGUACCCCAGUUACAGAGGAUCUUUGUUGCUGGGUCAUCCCGAUGACCCUUUGCUCCAUGUCACUCCCUAUUUGCUGCAGUUUAAAUUUCUCAACAGAGCAAACUGGAACCAGAAGGUAGAAUGGCUCCUGUUUUUCUUCUUUCUUUCUGUUCUUAAUCAAGGAGGUUUCUUCGAAGUAUAAGCUACAUCAUAAAUCAAGUCAAGCAUUGUUGAGCUAAAAAGCAGUGCUUUCCUACCCAGCAUGUGUACAUUUUACUUACUGGAGGGUGGCCUAGGUAUAAUAGUCAUUAAUGUUCCACACCGUGUUAAUGCAAACAGUUGAAGCCGAAGCCUGCCAUCAGAUUAAUUGGUGCUAAUGUAGUGAGUGAAAGUACUUAGCAGAUUUAUUUUUGACUCAGGAGAGGAAUACUGCAAGCACAUGAAGAACAGCAGAUAAAAACUGUAAGUUAAAGCUAAAAAUCUAUAUAAUAUUUUUCUGCCAUAGUGAAUGGUCAUAUCCCAUGGCAGAAAUUCUCUUAUAUCAUGCAGACCUGGUAUGCACAUCAAAAUAUAUAUAUGGUGUAGAUAUUUUUUCAUAUCAAAGAUCACAAUGACAGUUUUCUAAGUACUGUGCAGUCCUACUGAACUGUAAUGGCCAAAGACUCAGAUGCUUUUGAAAUUUUUGUGGUUACAUUCCUUUAGAUGUAAAAACCUGCAGGGAGUGUUCAUUGUGUUUAUGUCUUUCUUUGUCCAUCAUGUCUCCUCCUAGCAUACAGUUGGUUCUGCUGUCUGCAACCUGGUCACAGUCAGGUGACUAAAUGAGUUGUAUGUUCAGAGCAAAUGUCUUACCUAGAAAAACAGAGCACCUGUUUACUAAUCAGUAAAUAAAAACCAUGAUUUUUGUCUUAUAAGACUGGAGCUUAUCCUUAAAUUGGCUUGCAGCCAUUUUCAGGCAAUGAGGAUAACACAACAGCUGAUAGAAUUCAAAAAGCUCCUCGCAAAAAGUCUCCCCAAACAUAAGGACACCAGCCCUUUUCCUUUAGCAGUCGUAUAAUGUGAAAAAAAAAAAAAGUAAUGAGACAUAAGGUGAUCAGACAAUGUGAACAUAAAAAAAAGAGUUGAUUAAAUAUUUUUUUUCCUGUAUAAUAUUUAAUUUUAACUAAUAACUUAGAAGUCAAGAACCCCGAACAGCUAGUUAUAGAUACACUGCAGUGGUAAGGCUUGAAUGGGAUCAGACUUACAGUACAGAGCAUGUCUCCAAUAAUAUAAGGCUGGAGUCACACUCCAGACUUCAUGAUUUAAACUGAUGUAUGAAGGUUUUGGACUGAUUGGAGCUGACCCAUAUUCUGUUUUAUUUACAAUGAUAAAUGGUGAUGUAUAUUUAGUAUAUAUGGUUUGGCAGGCCAGCAUUGAUUGUGGUUAUUAGAAUAAAUGUUAAGUCGAAUGUUAAAAUGCAAAGGACUGCUUAUUUCAAAAUACGAACAAUUGGGUUGAACUGCAUUUCUCAAGGUCAUUUGGUUUAUCCAAGGUCAAAAUAUCAGCCAUAUAGCAGCUACUGUGUAGUAGACUAUAGUCCUGUUUGUGCUGUUGUCGUGUCCCUUUUGCUGUCUUUAGUUGUCUGAAGUUUGAUUUGGAUAUUCAUUCCCCACAGGUCCGUCCACAUUACCAUUUUUAUUUCAUUUUUAUGGAACUUUCAAAUAAGAUGCUGAACGAGUGAAUCGAUACAUCCCAGCAAUAAACCUGACUGUCUUUGUCUUAUGUUUCAGGUCCAGGAUAGGGAUGUCACAGAGCUGAGGAGGACACUCUCCGACAGUAAGUGUUUGGUCCCAUCAGCUACCAAUCAUCCACCUCUGCCUUGAUGCUCUCCGAAAUGCCUUUUUUUCGGUUUUUGCAGGGGAAAAGCAGGUUUUCUUUGUUAAAUUGGAGAGAGUAUCUAAUGAAUGGUAAUACUGGAUUUAGAAGCCCACCUCAUUUUAAAGUAUUAUUUGGAUAUAGGAUUAAAAUUUUCCAAUUAGCUUAAGAUUGAACAAAGUCCCCCUUUAUGAAAUUAGUUUGUGCUGCAUUACACUUUGCUCUCAUUUUUUGUGCAUCUAAUUAAAUCCCGUCUUUCUUAGAAUAAGGCUUCAGAACAUAUUUAAAUCUCUUGGGGAAGGAUGGCAAACUUUUUUGACUAUGGGUUAUAUUAAGACAAAUUACUUUGGGGUUGGAGCUAUUGUUUGGCUUUGUUUUACACUUUAAUUUGGGCUACUCUGCACAUACACAUCCUGUCUGCUAUUAAAAUGAAACUGUUGCCUCAAGACUGAUUUGAUGAUUGGUAUAUCAAAUUAGGUUCCCUUUAGCCUGAGUUCCACUCUUUCAGAAAGUGUGACAUGUGCUCUGUAGUUGGAUUGCAAAACUUUCUGCUAAAUUACGAGCUUAUUAUCAGCCGUCUUGCGAGUUCGAACUGACUUGUGAGUUUCUCUGUUGUGGAUAGGUGAAAAAUGAUAGAAUUUAUAGAUUCAAGGCAGUGAACAUAAGAGGGCAGUUCCACCUCUGGCUUGGCAAACUGCAAGAAAUGAAAUACCAAUGUUGAUAAAAAUGGUAUAAGAGAUAGAAGCCUGAAGUAACCAGGAGACUCAUCAGUUAAAAUUAACAAUAAGCUUACUGAGUAUGGUAAAGUUUUUUUUUAAUGACUGAUUUUGAGAGGGUUUCAUGUUGAAAAGCACAAAAUCAGUAGGAGAUUGCAGACUGAAGCAGUUGCAAGUUUUAACACUGUGUUUUUGAGACUUUUCAGCAGAAAGGACAUCAGAAGGGCUGCCAGCUGAGAUGCCAUUAAUGUUAACUCAGCUUUUUUUUAAGGUGUUCAGUUAAGUUGUGGCAAGGAUUUGUUCCCCUCAUAAGGGUUUCACUGGAAGUAUAUUUCCUCUUUUAUUUUAUGUGGCUAGAUAAAACCAAAUCAGCGUAAAUGUUCAUGCCAAGCUCUUGGAUCUCACACUAAAUCAAUGCUGUUAAUGUUCAGUUAGUAAUGCUAAUGUUGAUGAAAGAAUCUGUGCUCAUAGCUACAGGGUUAAUCCAGCUAAAGCUUUGUCCUUCAAUUCAGAAUUCCUGCCUGAAAGUUAAGUGAAAGAGUGAACAGGACUGCUCACUAAACCUUUUAUGGAAGCAAAAAAGUGAAGAUGUACCAUAAAAUUUAUGAUAUGUACAUUGCCACCCUCUGAUCUGGAGAGAAAGUCUCCCACUGUUUAUGUGAGCGACCCUGGAAAGAGACAGGUCAUCUCCAGCACCGCAGACAAUCAGAGUUGAAAUGGCAAUGGCAGAAUGAGCCUCGCCACAGGAAACCCAUCAUCUCCAAACCAGAACCCCCUCUCUCUCUCUCUUUCAUAGCCAUGUGAGUAGAAGCGCUAAAGGAUUUAUUAUAGCAGUUACAAGUAACCUUCAGUUUACCUGCAGGUACCAACAGUAAGUUUUACAAACAGUGGCCAAGUUGGCAGGUUAUUGCCAGCUAAUGUUUUUGUUUGCCAGAAGCUGACACUGUGGUUUCCAUGCUGUAGUGUCACAGACCUGAUAUGACACCAAACAAGGCAGUCAAAAACAGAUUACACAUUGUCCCUUACACAUACAAAUAUGCUUUGUUAUACAGUGUACAAGAAGCAUUAAAUCAGUUCCAAAUGCUUUCCUCCUGUAACUUAAGGUCCUUUCACACCGGGACCGUUUUUGUCGUGCGAUUAUUUUGGACGUCAAUAUUUUUUUCGAACCCAUGUCCUGGCAAUACAAGCGUUCACAUCAGCGACAUUUUCCUGUUCUGCGAUAUUGCAGCAUUUAUUUUUUUGGGAUUAUGGUCAAUUUUUCAAAAUUUUCACAUACUGUGUGUCCACUUCUGACCAAUCAGAUUGCGUGUUGUUGCAACGUCAGAUUCACCGGCAUCUCCAACAUGGUCGAUCGGCUGAUUGUUUAUGAUCGUGUACACAAAUAAUACAAAGAUAACGACCUGAAGGACAACUUGUGGAGGGUCAUAUCAUCGGAUUUCUGAUAUGACGAUGUUUUGUGUGCUUUAGAAGUUUGCUUAACAUCUUUGUUUUAACUUUCAUCUGUGCUAACAUAAGCUAACGGUUGUUACCAUAGUGUAAUGUGCUUAUCUGGUACUGGCCCCAACUAAGUAUGCUAUUUUGACAGAAAGCCAUUUCAACACUAGUGUCUAAUCCUCUGCCUCUAUAAACUUGGAGCAAAUUGUUUCAGCAGAACUUCAAAUUGUCCAAUGGACAUCUGAAAAUAGGUUCUGAAGUGACCGUGGUACAGUUUCAGCUCCUGAACCAAGCAGCGAAACUCACCAAGUUCUCUUCUUUUUUGUAACAUUGGAUGUACCCAUGUGCUACAUUUCUUUUUCUUUUGAGAAAGCAAAAGAAGUACCAAUUCGCCAUCACUUGAAGUUGAAGUAGACUCCAUUUUUGUCCCCUCGCUUCUACCCGGGACGCUGUAGGUUGUUGAGGGGAGGUCCCGCCCUCUAUUGCCUUUGAUUGGCUAUAAGUGCUGACCAUUUGGCUUGGGCGUGUGAUGACGUUUCCAGCUUUUCUAGCCAAUCAGAGGUGAAGGACACAGGACUUUCCCCCGGAAAAGUCUUCCCUGCGAUGUGUCUUUCCCCCGGAAAGUCGCAAAAUCGCAUCGGGCUUGAUGUGUAUAGUCAGGCGCGUCAAAAUUCGCCUCUGAAUAUUUCGGGAUUUUGUGUGCUAUAUUCCUGCCGGCCCCGGUGUGUAAGGACCUUAAAUCGAGUUUGACAAAAGGUUGGCAAAAAAAUCUGGACAAAACUUUUGCUGCAAUCCUCAAGCCUGUAUCUGUCAACUAGAUAUGAAUAAGAGAAAAGGGAAUAUAAUAGAAUUAACAAAAAAAGAGAGGAGAGGUGGAAAGAGGAAUGCAUUAAGGAUUAGAAAAUUAGUAGGAUGAUAUAAUUCCAACAAUUAAUUGCUGUGUGACUUUUAAAAUAUAAGGUUCUUUAAGUUUCCUCUGAAUUAAAAUGAACAUGUACACAGCAUCCUAGACGGUCUUUAAUCAGGAGUAAGUAAUGUCCGUCACUUCAGUGUACGUCAUCAUGUGCCUGCAGCUGCUUUUUAGUCAAAGCCAGGCUGGCAUUCAUCUCAAUACCACUUCAGCACAAUGGAGAUCCCGAGCACACAAAGCGCAUGUCUGGCUCCAGACAAAGCAGACAUGCUUGUUUUCUGCAGAAUUGUUGAGGGAGACAAAAUGAAGCCGCAAAGUUUUCUUCACACCACUCAUUGGAAAUUCCAUUGUAACACACUGAUAUGGUCAUUGAGUCAGAUUCUACCCAACAUUUCAAGUCUAGUCAAAUAUUGAAAUUAGUUUUGCAAUCCAGCUAAAUAGUUUUUGACAUAGUUUACAGAGUUUUGUACUGUUAGGCUGUUAAGUUUUGUGUCCACUUCUAACCACAUUAUCUAGUAAAGCUGUCUAAACUAGUGCUAUUUAAAUGGGUAAUACGAUCUCCCAAACAGAUCCCAUUCUUGGAUAAGGAGGAUAAAAGCUCCAUGGACCAGUUAGUGUUAUGUUUUAUACACACCAUCAUUUUCUUUGUUCUGUACAUAGUUUACAAAGAAGGAUGUGGAGUUUUGACAGUUUUCCGCCCCUCCUGUUUCAAAAUAUUUAUGGGCUUUGGUUAAUGGUGUAGCUUUACAGAACAGGCCAUAUUUUGUGACUCUGCCGACGGAUAGCUUUGUCUGUAUAAUAUGAUGUUAUAGUACGUACAGUAUGAGAGCCCACUUGUCUUUGUGCUCGACACAUUUGCCUCCCCGGAGGAAACUCAAAAACAUGCAGAGACGGGAAAGUAAAAUGAUGAAAGAGCUCUGCCAAAGGUAUAUCAAAGACUUGGAGGAUGAUGCAACAGCAAGAUGUGUUAGAUUUAAAGAGUCCGCAUUGACAUGAGCUGUUAUUGGAGGUUUGAUGAGUAUGGAGACAUGUUUGACUUUAAAGAACCAUGGCGAGGCAUAUGUGCAUGAUGGGUUUCUGUACAAUACUAACCCAGAACCACUGCCUUAUAAAGUUAAUGAUACUUACAUCCUGCAUAUUAUCCAAAAACUCUUAAUAAUGAGCAAUUCUUCUUGUUCUCUACGUACAUGUAUGAUGGACAGUACAAAGUAGCGUUGAAAGUAAAUGAAGGAUUAAAGAUGCUUCACAUACUUGGGCUGGAACGAUAUGUUUUUUUUCUGAUUCGAUUCUUUGCGAUUAUUUCUACGCUGAUUUGAUUUAGAUUGCGAUUCUACAAUAUUGUCGAUUUUCUCGAUUUUUAGUCUGCAUUAUUAGCACCAGUGAAACAGUUGAAUGAUUGUGAUCAUCUACCGACUAUUCCAGGAACCAUAUUUCCCCUAAAAAAUGCACAUCACAUGUAAGUCAGUUUUCAAGAUUAAAGGUCCUUACACACCGGGACCAACACAAAUAUCCAUUGCAAAUUUACGAAAUGUUUUGAGGCGAAUUUUGAUGCGCCUGACAAUACACAUUAAGCCUAAACUAUAAUCCAUAAACAUAAGGUAGCAACCGAGACCUAACGAUGCUGUGACAGCAACACGAUUGAGUUUGAGACAGUGAAAAUACAUAUGGUAUGUUGUAUCUGAACAGGUUAGCUUACGAGCUAAAGUUACUUUUCACAGAUGAAAGUUAAAACAAAGACGUUUAGCAAACUGUUAAAGCACACAAACUAUCACCAUAUGAGAAAUCCCACACUAUGACUCUCCACAAGUUGUCCUUCAAGUCGUUAUCUUUGUAAUGUUUGUGUCUUUUAUCAAAAAAAAAAAAACGAAAAAAUAAAUGCCACAAUAUCACAGGACAGGAAAAACUGGUCGCUGAUGUGAACGCUUGUAUUGACAGGAUAUGGUUUGAAAAAAAAAAAUUGACGUCCAUAUAAUCGCACGGAAAUAAAACAGUUCCGGUGUGAAAGGACCUUUAUUUUUAGAUUUCAAAAAAAAAAGAAAAAAAAAUUUUUUUGAAAAAAAAAAAAAAAAUUGAACAAAAAAAAAAAAAAAAGAGAAAUUUGAUAAAAAAAAAUUUAUCUAAAAGUUGUAAAACAAAAAUUGCGAUACUUAUGUGAAUCGAUUUUUUUCUCCCACCCCUAUUACAUACUAUGUGAUUUAUGAUUUAUGGCACAUAAAAACAACAUGAAUGAAAUAGAUAAGGAUCAUUCUGCAGAUUUUUCACUGUGUUCAUCAUUGUUUUUAAGCAAUUUAUUGUCACUUCACUCAAGUUUUUAGAAUUAGAUCCACGUAAGUGUUUUUGAUGGUGAUUGUUCUCUCGUCUCAUCAGCUUUACCUGCAAUACCUUGAGUAAGUCUUGUUAUAGAAGCAAAGGAGAACCACAUCAAAUGGCUAAUGUCAAAAGUCACAUAUGGCAGCUUACAAAUUGAAAAAUCACAUUAUCAAGGUUUGUUUUCAGCUGAUUAUUUGCAAUAAGAAUCACCUGAAGGGCUGAGUUGUAUUGCUUACUCCAGUAUUUUUUGGAUUGGUUGGAGGUUAACAUGUUCAUGUUUGUUUAGAUACCUCUCCUGUAUCUACAAAAUGUUUUAAUUUCAGAAUUAAGCAUUGAAUUGAGUCUUUUCUGUUGGAGAAGACCGAAGACACUGCAUUUACUCCAAAAUGAAUGUUGUCAGUUAAGUGGUAGUUUUCAGACUGUGUGCCUUUCCUCUGGGGUCAGAGGUCAAGCAGGUCUGGCCUUUGGGAGGACACUGAUAUGAUCUGCUGAGGAGCUGAAUGGAAGACUGUAUGCAUGUAAGAGUGUUUUUGAGGUGUGCAGAUGGCAUCAAAGAAAACUGAGUCUUCUUUGGUGUUCAUGGCCAGCUGCCUGCUGCUCCUUCUUUACACUAAGUCUCCAUUUGAUGACAGAGGCUCGUUUCUGAGCUCCACAGCAACAUUGUGCCUCGAAAAUCCAGAUCUUGCAGUUUGCUUUGUAAUACUUGCCAUUUUUCACAGACUUGAUUUUGUUGCUGAUUAUUUUUUAGAAUAAAAAAGAAAUCCUAAAGGCUUCCAGCUGCUAGAUCUCUAAAAAGGAAAAAGCCCCAAAAUAUUGUAAAUGCUGAUAAAAAUGCUUACGGCUCCAGAACAGCACAAAUGCCACUUAACUGGAUGAGAGUUUUGUUGGCAGAGAGGAUCUGUGGUGUCAGCGCUCAGACGGGCGUGGAGGUGACACCAAGGUGAACGCUGCGUUGUAGAAUGGUUGGAAAUCAUUGAUAUUCUGACUCGGAGGCUGCAAAUGGCUCGGUGGCAGAUGGAGUCUUUGUCAGGGAAGAAAAAUGGCAGCUCGGGAGCAUCAACGCCAUUUUCCCUAUCAGCUCUGCUGGCGGGCGGUGACCUUCUGCCGCUCACAGACAUCCCCCAGCACAUGAUCAAUUAUCUCUCUUUCAUUGUUUACUAAGCUGGUGGAAAAGGAUUCAAAUGUCAGUUUUUCACAGAGGGAUUGCGUGUUAUCAAGGACCUAGUAGUUGUUGGAGUGCAAUAAAAAGAUGCAGUCAAAAUGCUUCCCCUUUAAAGCACAGUAAAAAUGAAGUGUGAAAGAAUCGGCAGCUUUAUGUUUGAGUUUUUGUAAUUGAUUUGAUAUAGAUGCAUCGUCUUUACAUCAGCGUCUUUGGGGGAAGUGUAGGGAGGAUACUGCAAGACUCCAAUUUGCAAGUGGUUUUCAUUAACAUUGUUUGACUCCACAAACAUUUAGAGAAGGUGAGAAUGUUUAUGCAAAUAUUAUCAAUUUGGUAAUGGCUUGUCUCAUUACACAGAUAACACAGGCACAGAGAAUAAAACUGUAGUUAUUAUUUCUAGCUGUAAACAAAUCUCUGUCGCAGUAAAACGUUAAAUGAACUCGAGGAAAAAUGAAGCAAAUUAACCAAAAAUGCAGAAAGCAAAUGACAGUGAGACCGCGGUUUAAUAUGUAUGCAUUUCAGCUUGGUGGUUGAUUUCAUUAACAGAUCUCAUUGUUAUGCAUUGACUGUCCUCCUGCAGAAAAAUUAUAUUAUAUUCAUGUAGUUUAAAUAUUCAGUGGGGAAGCAUUUGGAUUUGAAUGGCACCCUCCAAAAGUGAAGUGCUGUCUGUUUUUCUCGAUUAUUCAUUGUAAUGAAAUCCCAACAUCCAUUAGAUGUGUUUAUUUUGUUGUUUAUUUUUAUUUCUCCUCUUUAAAUCAGUUUCCCUUCUUUUCAGCUUGAUUACAAAGUUCUGUUUUAAUUUUUUUGGUUACUGUCUGAUUGUACUCUUAUUUCAAGGGUUAGCUAGGCAUCUAGCUAUGCAAGGAUAUUUUCCUCACUUUAAUACGUGCAGCAAAAGCCCAAAUUUAAUUGUUAAAUGCUUACAAACGAUCCCUUCCUUUUAACACGAUAAACCCUUUUCUAUGAAGCUACCUGUACCAGCCAGUUGUUUUUCUGUCUGUUAGGAGGAUGUUAUUAGGUUGCCAUGCACUUUUCUCCUCUCUGUCAGGCCUGGCUGCACACAGCAGCUUUCAGAGGACGGUGCAUUUUCAGUUUUUCCAACAGGAGCUGUGUGAAGAAUUUAACAUCAGUAAGAGUCUGUUUGUUCUGGGUGCGCUGUUUCACCCCGCCCUCAUACAUCUGCCCUGCAGUGACAAUACCAGGAUGAAAAAAAAAUUUAUGCUGGUCAUUGGAUUUUACUGAUGGUAACUUAAAAGGAAUGUACUGUAUGAAUAAGCUUCGACCAAACACAGGGCUGUAAACAACUUCUACUAAGUAAAACUGAACAGGUCAAUCAAUUAAGUCCCUUAAGGUCCUCACACACCAGGGCCGACGUGAAUAUAGAACGCGAAAUUACGAAAUAUUCAGAGGCGAAUUUUGACGCGCCUGACUAUACAUAUCAAGCCUGAUGCAAUUUUGCGACUUUCUGGGGGGAAAAGAUGCAUCCCGGGGAAGACUUUUCCCAGGGACAGUCCCGCCUCCUUCGCCUCUGAUUGGCUAGGAAAGCUGGAAAUGUCAUCACAUGCUCAAGCCAAAUGGUCAGCACUUAUAGCCAAUCAGAGGCGAUAAGAUAAGCACAUAAAACUAUGGUAACAACCGUUAGCUUAUGUUAGCACAGAUGAAAGUUAGAACGUAAACAAUCAGCUAGUCGGCCAUGUUGAAUACCGGUGAAUCAGACGUCACAACAACAUACAGUCUGAUUGGUCAGUAUGCAAAACUUUAGAAAAAUCGACCAUGAUCCAAAAAAAUAAAUGCCGCAAUACCACAGGACAGGAAAAUGUCGUUGAUGUGAUUGCAAGUAUUGACAGGUUAUGGUUUAAAAAAAAAAAUACUGACUUCCGAAAUAAUCGCACGAAAAACGGUCCCGGUGUGAAAGGACUUAGUUUAUCUUAACAGUAUAAAAUGUUUGAACAAGAUUAAAAAAUAAGCAGCAAAAAUGCUUUCUUCCUCUAAAGUAAGCUUACAUGGUUGUCAUCUGCAACAAGUUAAUUGUGUUAAUUAUCUAACCACCAAACCAUCAGUGUCACAAAUUAAUACUGAGCAGAGUAUGAGUUCUAAAAAAGAUCUAUAAGAACUAUAAAACUAAUAAAGUAUAUAAUAUAUAUAUAUAUAUAUAUAUAUAUAUACUCUUAAAGCAACUACUUUUGGAAUAUAUAUGAUUGAAAAAAUUUUAAGUGUCAAAUAAUGAGCAGUGAAUGAUGAAAAUAUAAAGUAAAUCCAAAAGAAAACUGAUGUGGGCGUUGAUCUAAACAAAAUAAACUAUUUUAAACUAAAUAUCAAGAUUCAUUUAAAUUCAUAAUAUGAAUUCCAUCAACAGAUUUUCUCACAUUUUGACAUAUUCUAACACAUGGACUACUAUUUUAUGAUUUUGUCACACCUAAAUGAAUUAUUAGAUGCUAGUUUAAAUUGUUGUCAAACUUGUAGUCAUUUUGUUAAGGGGACUUUUGUACCACCCCUUUCGGUAUCUUUUUCCUGGUUAUAAUUUUACCUUAAUAUUGGCAUAUAUAAUAUUGGCAAAUAUUGGCAUUCUAGUUAAGUUUUGCUGAAUGUAAAAGCACUUUAUAAACUCUUUAUUUAAAGGUGUCACUUUUGACAUUGUAUGGCUGCUACCUUGGCCAGGUCUCUCUUGUAAAAGAGAUUUCUAAUCUCAGUGGGACUUCCUGGUUAAAUAAAGGUUAAAUUUAUUUAAAAAAUGGACUGUGUUUAUAUUAAGUUAGUAUUUGCUAGUAGAACAACCCUCCCAGCCAUGUAGUGGCAAUAAUUAAAUCUUGUGCAGUAGUAUUUCACAUUUAUAAAUACAGUUUUUACUGUUGGUAGUUUGAGCAGUCAGUGGUGUUCAGUAGCAUACAGUUAUAUCUAAGCUGAUACUGAAGCUAUAUAAUACAGUGUCUGAUAAAGUGUGAGCAGGUGAUGGAAAUGUUCAUUUUGCAGCAAAGAGACGGCUAUUUAUGAAGAUGGCUCAGAGGCAGACAGGAAAUUAGUUAUUUUCUCUCACAUUCAUCAAAAUAAAAAUAGUCAGAUGAGGAUCCCAAGUGGCUCUACCCCGUCUACUGAAUCCUCAGCAGCAUGCACUGUGAGCAUAAAAUUAACCCUUGAAUGGAUUACAGGUGUUUUUAAACACUAUUGUGGUCUGGUAACUCAUUUUGUUAGAAUGGCAACCACAUCUAAAGGCCAGCAGAGUGCUUUUGGAGUUUGCAAAUCAGCACAGACCCAUGGAUGAAACACUUUGAAACCAUCCCGUAACAACAGUUAAUCUAAAAGUCAAAGUACACAUCAUAGCAUUCAUUUGAUCCCUGAGUCAAGAUGUGAAGACCUCAUUUUCACAGAGUAUGAACUUAAAAACGUUUUUGAAAUGCAAAAUAAUGGAAUUUUUGGUAUGUGAUCAAGUAAGCAAUUCACUGCAACUUAAAAAGUAGUCAUUUGACAGCCCUAUGUAAGACAAAACACUUUGAGUUCAGCCAUUGUAAAAUGCUGGUGAUUAAAAAUUAGGGGUGCCUGUAAUUGCUUGUCAUUGCUGAUAUUUGUAAUUGCCCAGAUAAUAGCGCUGUGCACUGUGCACAAAAAUAACUAGGUUAGACAAAUUAACAAGCUGUUGAUUUGGCUUAUUUCAUUGAACCAAGUACCGCUAAUGUUGUUGUAAGACCCACUUGUUCAGCAUCUCCUUCAUAGCCUGUUUUAUAUGUUCUGUCGUAUUAGACCCACAUGAAAUACAGCACGCCUGAACUCUCAAGUGGAGGAAUCAAUCCUUUCUGAAGUGCAGCUCAACAACGUCAUGGGACCAACGUCAGAGCUCCAAGUGUCCUUGUUGAACUCCUAUCAGUCGCUCCGUGUUUUAAAUCACCUUGUAUGCUGUCACAAACUUUGUUGUAUAGCUCAAGUAAGGCAGAGUGUGAAAUGUAGCAUCAGGACAGCAUUACAAACAUGGAUCUAUGAGACAGCAAAAACCUUCAUCCUUUACUUUGGAGAAGGGUGGGUCGUCGAGAGUGAUAAUACAGAUUUUCACAGCUUACAGUCUUGAAAUGGUCUCUAGACUAUUUCAUGUUUCUAUAAGAAUUUGUGUCGGUAGCAGAGAUGUACCUAUCUGUAUUGCAAGACUGAUGCAUAAAUCCGGCCAUUAAUAAUUGUGCUUUCCUUCUGACAGCCUGGCGAUAUAUAGAUGUAAAGGCAUGGUACCAAAUUACAUUGGCAAGAUAUCUGAUAAUCUCCCUUUAUCUUUACCAUUGACCUUCAUUCAGGGCGUUGAGUGUAUGCACAGGUGUUUGUUUGAAUGUAACCAGCAUCGUCUGCUCUAAUAAAGCAGUGGACAUAUGGACACUGUGUGACUAAUGCUUUGGAAGGGACACUCGGGAUCUGUUUUAUUGCUUCAUUUGGCACACUGCAGUCCCACUUCCCAUUAUGGUUGCCAUGUGAUUUAUGUUGUACUCUUUGGAGGAUGAGAGAGAAGCACUUGGAGCAGAAAAGCAUUGAUAGCAAUGUUUACCUUGAUCCUGCCUGCCUUUUAUUUCAUCUUAGACAUUGAGGAUAGAGAGAAACGGGUUAAAAGCCCUGCUUGGCCACAUGUUUUCUUGUUUAAUAACGCUGUUUCUUUUGUCAUCCAAAGCAUGGGGAUAUGUUUUAAAUUGCAUUAUCCAACCUCUCAGAUUAAGCAAACCUUUGGCUAUUUAUUGACACUUUUCAUAAAACACAGAAAAAAUAACCUCAUCAGACUUGACAGUAGAAUCUUUUAGCUGCAGAAAAAAGCACAACUUCUUGUAGAUCAUCAGAAAAAAAUCAAUCAUAUGACUGCCUUACAGCUGUUUUUCUAACAAGCAAAUUAGCAAAAAUUAUUACCAGGUUUUCUUUGCAGUCACUUGAAAAGCUGUGUUUCCUUUCUACAUAAGCAGAAUGGCAGAUAACCUUUGAGUUCACACCCAGCACUCAUAUUCAAUUUGUACCUUUUACUCCUGACUGACAAUUGCGUCUAAUAAAUAUUCAAGUUCUUUUCUUCUGGGAACAUGCAGAUGCGCACUUUUGUCACAUUCCAGUAACACUGAAAAGUGUUUGUAACUGCUGAAUCCUAACAGUAUUUUGAGUCAAAGCCUGACUACGUUAACAACUUGCUUUCCUUUUAAAUAUUUGAGAUUGAAAAGUAAAUUUAAAGCUAUCUAUCCAUCUUUCCAUCUUUCCAUCUUCUUCUGCUUUUCGGCUUGUGACAUAGACAUGACAUCCCUCUGCUCCUUCUGAGACGUUUUCAAGCCAGAUGCUCCUCUCAGAAAUCUCUCCAGUCCAUCCCAGGGUCUCGACUCCUAAUUGGAUACACCUGGGAAAACUCUAAAGGACACCCACUUAAAAUCCCUAUCAGUUCCCAAAACCAGGUUCUCAGCUCCUUUCAAUGGGAAGGAGUAACGACUCUAUUUAAAGGCUGCCUCUGGUUAGAGCACCCAACCCUGUCCACUAAGCUGGGCCUAGUUGUCUUUUGGUGGUAACCCCUCAGCAGCUGCAUGCUUCCUCGAUCUCUUUCUUUUAGCCAUCCACAGCUCAUGACCAGAGGAGAAAAUUGAAACAGAAUUGAACUGGUUAGUUCAAAACUUUGCCUUAAGGCUCAGCUCCUUCUCCACCAUGACAGUCCAGUUUAACAUCCAGGUUAGUUCUGCCACAGCACCUCUCCGCUUGUUGAUAUCACAGAUGUGAGAACUUAGCUUGUGCUAGUGAGGUAAAAAAAAAAGAAGUUGAAAUCAUUAUUUGAUCAACACAAAUUUUCAUUCUCAUUUAUCUAAUUGAACAUGCUUUUAUUGUUAUUGAUCUAAAUGUAAAUAAAAGGGAAACUAUCAUUCAAAGUUAGUUACUCAAUUUUAGCUUCUUACAUUAAUCACUUCAUCUUUAAAUGUUGCCAAAAAAGUGUAAUUACUAGAAGUGCACGUCUUCAUCAAUGAAACCUUGUGGAAAUUGCCUUUAUGGGGUUCAGUAUUUCCCGUUGUGAAAACUGUGAAUUUUCCCUGUAUUUACUCAUCUAGUCCUUAACAGGAAAUUAUCCUGACCAGAAGCAUGCCUUUAGGAGAUGAUUUGAACAAAUGGUGCAGAAUAAACAGGAGGGGUGAAAGUUGUUUAAUGACAAAGUUCAUACUAGACAAAGAGUUUAAAUUUUAACUUGAUCAAGUAUUGGCUUGCACGUCUGCUCAUUCCAUUAUAAAAGCACUUUAAAUGGCAGGAACUGAGUCCAUAUUAGGCCAUUAAAUGUACUCCAUACCAUAGAUAAAUAGCAGCUGAUUGGGAGAUGAAAUUACCUGUCCUUUUCUCUCAGCCUCCUCUGUUCCCUCUUCUCUGCGUGUGUCUAAUUAAAAGCUGCAGGCUGAGCAUCACAAUUUAUGGCUAAUGUUUGCUGCUGAUGGGGCAGCAGUAGGCAGGAGCUCUUUGAACAUGUUCAUGAUGGAUGUCUGUCUGUGCAGAGCGUGUGGGAUUCCUGUUUCCACCCCAAAUGCAUGCAAGCUGCAAACUGUGCUAACACCGCUGUGAAGGACACAUGUGUUUCUUGAGGUAUUUGUCAUACUGAGACCUCACAUCAUUCAUCAGAGUCAUUUACCCCCCUAACUACCAACCCUCCCCAUGUAUUCACGGUAGCACUCGAUGGAAGCCAAUAUAAAUGGGUAUUAAUUUUUUUUCUCAGUGAAGGUCUACCUUUUAAGAUGGAUGAGCCCUAAAAAAUAAUGAUAACAAAAUGCCUAUGUCUUGUGUUUUGUGUGUACGUCUCGAAAGCAAAAUAUGGAUUAUUAUCAUCAUCCUGGCAGUAUCAACACAGGUGGAUCUUUGUGUGGCUCACAGCAUGUGUUCCCUCUUACAUAGGGGGUCAAAGACUUGAUUACACCGAUGCGUACAACAGUGGCUGUGAAAGGCACAUCGGUGAAUAAACAGAAAGCUUUGCUGUUUGUUUACUGACAGUGAUGGGACCCCCACUGUAUCAGCAUCAGACUAUCCCAAUACUGCUCUGCCAUCUGCCACCCAACCUUAAAGACAGUGUUGUAGACAACCUGCUCUCUCAAUUCUUAAUUUACAACUUAAAUCCUGCAGCUUUAUGUGGAUUUCUCCAACCAUGAUGACAACUGUCCUCCUUACCCACAUACAUGCACUCUGUGAAGCAUACAUUUCUGCCAUCACAGUCACAAAAGGACCCUUACUGUGAAGCACAAACCUAAGAUUAAUGGUUAAUAAGCCUGUACUGCUGAGUUUUGAUUGUGUAGCAAUACAAUGUUUUCUUUUCUAAUCACUCAGCAAGUUGUAGUGAGAUGGGGACAGGUUUUCUGCAUCUCUCUCUGGAGGGCGUUGGAUGCAUAACAUCAUAUCACAUCAACAUGACAUUUUUAUUCAUAAACUUGACACAUUAAUUUCUCCAAUAGUAAUUUCCAUUUUUUGGUCUUAUAUCUGCAGUAGUUCAGAAUUAUGAUAUUAGGAGUUUUGUAAAAUUGUCUCUACUGCUGACUGAAGAAGAGCUCUUCAGGGUCGUGUUCUUGAUCUUCUUCUCAGUUUAAAUGUGAAAAGCUUACAAGAUCAUGUUUUGGAGAGACUUCAACACUAAUUAAAAAAAGCAAUUCUAGCCAUUUGUAGUAGGGUUGGAUGAUAAACCGAAAAUUUACAGAUACUGAAAUUUAUGACAAAACAGACGUAAUUUUACCCAUAUCGGUAUGUUCGGUAUCAAAAAACAAAAUAAAUAAAGGUGGUUUUGGAUGUGUGUAGGUAAGCUAUGGUCUCAUGUCCCUUUAAGACGCUGUCCUAUGUCGGAGAUGUGACUCCACCCCAUCCAGUCUGUGACAAAGAGGGAAAGACAAGUGAGGAGAUGGAGGACAGUUCAAAUGUUGGAGUGGCAGGAGCAGCGGCUGAAGUAGAGGAAGUUCAUGUGGGAGGGGGUGAGCAACUUGUGAAGUGAACUGCUCAUUAUAUCGUGAUAUUGAUUUGAGGCCAUUUCGCCCAGCCCUAAUUUGUAGUUUAUUUGUUUCUUACUACCAUAGCAACAUGGAAAUGAAUGAUGGUGGUCUCAGAGAGGGGGGACCUGCUCCCUUUGAAGAUACAAAAGGGAUACAUAUAUAGAUAUAUUUAUGUUAGGAGUGGGAGAAAAAAUCGAUACAGCAUAUUAUUACAAUAUUUUGUCUGGUGAUAUAUCGUAUUGUCUCAUUUACAAAGUAUCGAAUUUUUAAAAAAUGAAUUGCUCAUAUGAACUCAAGUCUAUGAUUAAAAAUAUAUAGAAUUAAUUGUUUGUCCAGAGAGGUCAGCAGAGGCGACAUCAUUGGGCAGGAGUAAAAUUAGUACAACAAAACAUGGCAGGAUCUGGGGAAAGACAUUAGGAAUGCAAGCAGGGCACAAAUGAGAUGGGCCUGACUAAUGUAUUACAAAAUGAUUAAAAUCGUAAUGAUAUCAAAUCAUGUCCCAAGUGUCGUGAUAAUAUUAAAUCAUGGGGCCACAAGUGUGUAUUGGUACCACAACAUGGUAUUGGUUAGCCCAAGACUUUUUAAAAUAUACUGAUGUAUACUUCUGUAGUAUGGUGCCUGAUAUCGGCAUGAUGUUUGCUCUGUUAGCUGGUGGGAUGUGUAUGACAGGACACUUCAUCAUUUUCUAGGUAGAGUAGGAGUUAGGGCUGGGAACAAUAACUCGCCAUCUGAAGACAUGGGCAGAAUAAGGAACUAAUUGAAAAUCAAAGGAGCAUGAUAUUUCAGCUGAACUGUGGGUGUACCGCUGAACUUAUACCUGACUGCAGUGACCCGGCACAUUGUAUUAUCUGUCUGUCUUUGACCAUACAUAAACCUCCCUACAGUAGGCUCAUAUCCUGCAUAUCUGGUAAAGAGAGAAUGGCAAGUGACAGACUAGAAAGCUUUCCCCCUCUACUGUAUACAUCCACUUUAUUUCCUCCCAUUAAAUAAAUCACUGACGCCAAACAAUGAGUGACGUUGCCUCUUCUUCAUUUUAGCAGAUUAAAAUGAUUUAAUUGUCUUUAGGAGGAUGAUGGACAUUGGCAGUAAUUUUCGAGGUCUGUGAGACACAGCUGGUGUCAAAGCAACCAUGUAUAGAAUCAAUCAAUAGAUGUUAAUGACUAAGGAGGUGGAUUUAACCUUGUGAUGCAAUGCUAAUUGGUAGGCCACCAAUUAGCAUGGUAAUUUAAUCGAAACUUGUUCUCUAUUUACAUACUUUAAUUUUGUCUCCAAACUUUUAGUCAUAAAAUAGCGGAAAGAAUAGUUAGAGGUUCUUAUCUAAGCUUUUAUGCAAAUAGGAUGAUUUCUGUUGUGCUGCUUGUGUAUCCAGGCCACCAUGUUGUCUUGGUAAGUUAGCUCUGCCUCUUCACAGCAGGGAGUCUCCAUGUUUGAUCCCAAGCUAAGUCUCUUUGCACUGAGACUGGUUUUCAUGUACUUGCAUGUGUCUGCUUUUGGUGUUACACUCUGUGUUGUCAUUACAUCAUGCAUGAAAAGCAGAAUAAAGAUACUAGUGUGUUUUUGUGAGUGAGUGAGGAAUGAGGAGAUGAGUGUGGCUUUUAUUCAAAAAGGACUGGCAGUUUGGUAAAACAUUUACCUGCAAAAUAUAAAUAUACCCGAGCUUACCACAGACAAGCACAAUUUCUAGCCAAUAAAAGAAACCUGUUGUAUGAUUCCUUUUUUGUAUUGUGGUAUAAACUAGAUUGCAUCGUUGAAAUGUUGAAAGGUUGACGUGUUGGUACCAUAGACUGUAUACAGCAUUGACAGCGUCGGCCUACCCGCUGGGUGAAGCCACCAUGAGGACAGCACCCUCUAGUGACGGGCUGCAGUAAAGGUCAUAAGUCCCGCCCCCUCCAUCAAUCCUUGUGGAGCUUUGGACAAACUUUAGAAGUUAAUCACACAGAAUAUACAUUUUUCUCCCCCCUGGUUGCGAUGUUGACAUGAAGUUACUGUAAGACUGGUUUGUGCUCAAGUCCUCUUUUUUUUCUGUACAACUCCAUUUUUAAAAGUUAUUUGGGGGUUCAUGUUUUCUAUGAUUGACACUUGAUACAGCCUAUGGGCGUACAAAGAUUGUGCACCAUUGCUCACCCGGGGAUACGCUGUUUGAGCUGAGCGUCAUUUCAGUGACUCUCCUGCUGAAUGCGUACAACGCUACUGCGCAAGUGGUGGUCCCAGGAAGUGAAGAAAAUCCCGGAAAUACCGAGAGCAAUUCAGCUUCAAAUUCGUAUAAUGAUGGAAGGUCAGGCUAAGUUGUCCAUAGUAUAUACAGACUAUGGUUGGUACCAAAAAGCUGAGAAAAUCUAAAAUUGCGUGUAAUAUGCAGUACGUUUAUUUUGAAAGGAGCCAGUGACAUAGGAAAGCGAUCUAACAUUUUCUGAUGUGACAUUUCUCAUGAAAACAGUUGCACAGCAUUUGCAUUAUUGGUUAGAUAGCUUAUUUUAUUAGAUUUAAGAGCUUAUGUUUAAUGAUGGAUGACAUUUAUGCUCUUGUCUUAUUAGAAUGUCACUCUGUUGAUGCGUGUGUUGUUUUCUAGUAGAGGGAUGAUUUUACACAGGGAUGACAAGCUUCAUUGUGUUUGUGUCUUCAGUUAUAGAGGUGAAGAUGGUUUGGAGUCAUUUGCUCUGUAGAUCUAUAAAUAGACACAUCUGGUAUACUGGCAACUGGUUUCAAAGGAUGUAUACUGCUGUUUGAGGUACAUAUGUGCUCUGUAUUUUCGUCACCUAACGUGCUAAAAUUAGUCUAAUAUGGCGUUGAAGAAUCAUCAAAAUGGCUUUUCUAGCAGUCCGUGAUAUUUCUUUAGUUUGAUUUUUAUCACCCAUAAAUUAAAUUUGCUCGUUGAAUUUUCUUUAAUGAAGUUGUGAUAGGUGCUAAACAUUCUUGUAUUUUGCCUUAGGUUUGAUUAAUUAGUGUUACCUGAUUAAAUAAAUUACUGCAAAUCAGGUUUUGGCACACAUGAAGGAAAAAGAAAAAGGGCUAUACUGGUAGAUAUGGGUAAUAUAAUGACGUACUACAGUGAGAGACUGUCUGAAACAGGGCUGCAGAAUGGAAAAAGACUGACACUUGGAUAUCAAGGGAGCAGAUUUUAGAAGUGACACAAAUUUGAAAUCUCAUGGAAUCAGAUCUCAAAUUUACCCCCACACAAACACAAACAGGUUUUUAAACACUGGACAUUUAUUAAUGACAGGUAGCUGUAAUUGUCCUUUUUUGAUGUUCCAUUAUAAAACGCGAAAGCACCUUUUUGUUCUCUGUUGUGCACAAACUCACAUCACCUCAGGAAAGCAGUGGCCUUUGCAGCGAAGCAUGUCUGCAGCUUUCAUGUCAUUUACGUCUCAUCAGUGCUGUUCCUGGUGAGGGAUGAUACUUGAUAUUCAGAGACGAGCUUUGUCUCCUCAAAUUAAUCAGCCGCUCCUGUUUUCUUGUGCAGAGGAGAAUCACCAGGGAGAUCUAGGAACUGUUGCUGUAAUGUAUGAUACUAUAACAAAGGCAGGCUGUAAAACACAAUCUGGAAGCAUGCUGUAAAAAAGAGGAUUUUUAGAUGUGGGCUUGUGUGAUCAGUGGGAUAUAAAGUGGUAUAAAUAAUGGAAAAAUCCAGGAAAUGUGGCGCUGAUGAAAGAAUACUAUUAGUGCUCGAAUCUGUGUAGGCUGGAAGUUAUCAGAGUGAGUGGUGAAGACCUCAUGCCUGUGUUUAUUCAUCUGUAUGCAUAUCAGAUGUAAAGAUUGCAAAAGGAUGAAAAAGAAAGAUAUGUUCCUGGAAGACAAAUAGCAUUUCUUUAAGGCUUACUCCUUUAUUAAACAGUUACAGUCUGUGUGCGUGUGCAGCCAUUUAACAUCAAAGAGCUGUGAGGGCUUUCAACGUGACAGGCGUUUAUGAAUAUUUAGCCAACUGAGUACAGAAUCACUGAUUAAAUAAUCAUGCUGAUGUUAAUUGUGAUGAACUUUGUUCUGAUGAUUUGCUUUACACCAGAAAAAAAGUCAUUUAAUUAAACAAACAAAGCAGCAAAAUUCAUUCCCUGUGCCCAGUAACAAUCCAAAAUGUCAAAUCAUUAAUUUAGACAAAAAGGUUUUGUACAUCUUCAAAAAUAUUGAUCACAUUUCACAACAGCAAGAAAAAGAUCAGCCACAUCAAAACUUGAUUAAAUCACAGCAUGCCAUUCUCUCGUCUUGUUGCCAGAUGACAGUUUUUAUGAGGUCUGGGGCCACACCCGUAAAGAGACCAGUACCAGUUGUCUGUAGGCUGAUAAGUAAAAUGAUGGUAGUGUGGUUGACACCAAUCCAUAUUUUAAACUAACAUUAAAGACCAACCAUGGAGUGUUUUAUACAAACAGCUGAAAUUAGUGCAGAGAAAUAACGUGUAGUGUUUCUUACAUUUAAAUUUUCCGAUCAAGAUGUGGUUAUAUACGUCCUUAUAAUUAUAUACAGAUGCGUGUCCCAGUUGUCACAGAAAAUUAUUAACUCAUCAUUGAGUCAUUAUAAAUUUAAAAGAAACUUGAUUAUUUUGAGAAAGUCCAGGAAGCAAAGACAUUUUCUUGCUUUUAUUUUUGAAUGCCUGCACCCUAAUACGCAGAUAACCCCUUUACUCCUCAUCUUAGGCCAGGGUUGCACCUUUACAACACCUUCAGUGCUAUUUAGUCAGUAAUCAUAUAAAACAGAGCAAUGUGUCAAUUAAUUUAUUAAGAUAUAACUAUGAUACAUAUGAUAAAUGACCAAAAGAGUUUUCCUCUUUUGGCUGAUGAUAAUCAUUUUUAGAAAACCCUGAAAUCAAAACAGAAGACAUUUAUUCUUAACACUGAUCUGUGUUACCUUCCUUAAGGUGUGACAAAUCAUUUUCUUUAAAAUCCCUGUGGGUAGUAUUUAACUCAUUAUAAAACACACUGGAACCCAAAUUUGCAGCUACACAAGCAAGCAAGACCAUCCACAUAAAGAUAUUUAUUUAUAUUUUAACAUUUUUCAACUGCAAAUAUUCGGAUUAGGCUUUCGACUUGAAGCAGGAUUUAGUUAUAAACACUGCCUCAGCACGGAGAGGACAAAUUUAGUCCAGAGAUAAGAAGGUACUGCCUUAUUCACAGGGGACGUCAAAAUCAUUACAAACUGAAAGCUUCUCACAGGAACUCCAAAUAAAGGACAUCGCACAUAUCAUACAAACAGAGAUAUUUGGAGCAGAAAUUCAGUGUAUCAUGAUGUAAGCAUUUAAAUGUCAGGGGUGAUUUUUACCCCCUACACCUUUGCUUUUUCUCUCUUGCAUCUCUAAGUAUUGAGUGGACUAUGUUUGACAGAUAUGGAGUUUGGAGAGCGGCUGAUCCCCCCAACAUCAGCUUCACCCUCCCUUCACAUGGCCUCCCCUUCAGCCAGCUCCUCCCCUGCUCCACUGAAAACAUCCUUUGCCAAGAGCAGCCUGGCCCCCAGCCCUGCCGCCAGUUCCCCUCUUCCCACCUGUGGUACGUACACAGUCACAAACACACACAUGUUUACAUAGAUGUGCACCAGUCGUAGCAUGAAAUCUGGUAAGAUUCAGACUUUGACAUGUAGUUUCAAGUGUAAAUUUCUUAUCAUUCUGUCUACAUUUUAGAUAAGGCUGAAAAUGUAUUUUGGGUUGUUUUGGGUCUGAGUGUGAAGUGCUAAAAACAAAUCAAAAGUCACCCACAAAACAGCUUCAAGACUACGAGCUAUUAAUAAAUGUAAAUUAAUGCACAAUCCCACGAAACUUUGGAGAAAGAAAAUAAGAGAAAAGGCUAAUUUAUUUGGAGAGGCCGUCCAACAUAAUUUCCUGGAAAACACUGCAUUAAAAGAGUGCAACAAUAAGGGGCUUAAGACACAUUCCUCCAGCUCUAACAUGACAAUUUUGAUAGGACUGGAAGGGCUGUUGAAUUAAUGAAUGCCAACAAUUAAAAAAAGCUUUGUACGCCCUUAUGGACGUCUUUUGACAACCUUUAGCUCGGGUUUAUCCUGUGUGAUUUGACAUGUCUGUCAGCCUCACAGCUUGCCGGCAGCCGCCAACAUCCUCUUGUUUUCUCUGCAUACUAAUUGUGGUCAGAGCCAUUAUGCAUUGAGCAGCGGUGAUGCAUAAACUGUCAGAUUACCCCUGACCACAAAAUAAUGUGCAAAUUUACAUACUGUGGUUUGUGAUUAUUUUUUCUUCCUCUCUGAUAAGAUGCCCCCCAAAUUUUUUUUUUUUCAGCUAUCACAAUGAAGAACACAUUAGAGACGUUGUAAUAAAUAAUUCAUUUUCAGACCCCCAGACGAAACGUGCAUAGAAAUUUCCCAUAUUAUUUAUUUUGUACUGAAUGCUAAAGGCUCAAAGCACAUUGGCACCUCUGUUGUCACGUGAGGAUCAAGUGAAUUCGGCUCUUUUGUAAGAUUUCUCAUCCCUUGUUGGAAGCAAAAAAAAAAACACACAACCAGUAAAGCAAGCACGUCUUUGAGUAGUGGUACUCGAGCUUUUGUACUCUUAAAAGCUGUGUGAAUGCUUUAUAGGUGAGUUUAUUUGAGACAUCUUCUUGCAACUUUUCUACUGUGAUUUAAAACAGUGAGAACACGUGUCUGAAUCUAAUGCAGAAAAUGUGUCUCAACAUCUUCAAAAAAGCUUCUGAACAAAUCUUAUUCCAUCAUGGCAGGAAUAUGUUACAGAGCAAAAGGAGUGAAAUGUAAGCACUCUGCAAAUAAAAUACAGAUUGUACCUGUUACUGUGUGACUGUCCACUUAUUUUAGAAACAGAUUUCAAACUAGACAAACAUCUGAUUUUUACCAUAAAUUACAUAUAUGUCCUUUUUCAAAUGUAGAUAAUGUAAAACAAAUAACUCUGGGUUACCGGUAGGGCUGGACGAUAUGGCCUCAAAUCAAUAUCACGAUACAUUGAGCAGUUCACCUCGAUAAUGAUAAAUGGACGAUAACUACUCCACAAGCUGCUCACCCCCUCCCACAUUAACUUUGUCUACUUAAGCCGCCGCUCCAGCUGCUACAACUUUUGAACCAUCCUCCAUCUCCUUGUCUGUCUUUCCCCCUUUGUUACGGACUAGAUGGGGCGGAGUCACGUUUCUGACGUAAGACAGCGACAUGGGCAAAAUGACGUGCUAUUGUCGUAAAUUUCGGUAUUGGUAAAUUUUCGGUUUAUCACCUAGCCCUUAUUAUAUGACAUCAAUCUAGUGGGAAGUAAGGUUUAACAUGUUGACAGGACUUACAGUUAAUGUCCAAGUGUCCUUUUUUGAAGGGUACAUGAGAAGCACUAGAGGGGAGCUUCUCUUUGUGACUGAAUAUGAGGCUUUGCAAUUAAGGUAAAGUCACAUCAGAGAAGUAACAACAGCCAAGCAUAGUGUAGUGAGACUCCAAGUGCAUUAUAAGCCUGAGCAAGCCCGCAUCUUCCACCACACAGUGGGCUUGCUAUUGAGGGCGGGGAUUUCAGUGAUUUUUCUGUCGAGCAUCUCCACCUUCAGGUGGCUGUAUUGUUUUUUUUAGCUUCAUUGAACAGCUGAGAAGAGGCUGCCGACAGGUUUUGGCCCCCUCCGAUGCUUGUUCAUUCUUACUUCCCAGAAACCCUUGGUGCUGUUCAAGGUGGCAGUUCUUGAGAUGCACAAUUAUAGUGGUAAUGUUAAAAGAAUGUUAUUUUGCCUCUCCUUGCAUCACAUGUGCUUCACAGCCACUACAAAUAGCUAUGCUGUCUGUUUCUGACACUUCAAAAACACCUCCAUACAGAUGACAUGUUGAAGCUCAUUGUCAGCGCGCUAGUUCAUUGAGUGCACAUUUGAUCUUUUAUCUGCCAAUACUGAUAUUUUGCCAGUUACAUCGUGUAUCCCUAAAAUAAUGUUUAAACCAUUGGAUGAAAUUCUAGGUGCUCUGCUAACUGUGGACUUUUUCCUCCAGGCCAGUUGCCCAGGAUAAAAGGGGAUAAAUAUUUAAAUCUGCCUACCUGCUCCAAUGGUUCUCCUUUGGUCACCCAUCCAGCUUUUGGUCUUUACACAUCAAACUCAGGAGGCUCUGAGUUUGGAGGCCUUGGAAGUCUUGGUCUGUCUGCCCUGGCUGCUCACUCACAGUUUGGAACAAUUCCAGGUAGGGCAUCUUCGUGUUUUUUAAUGGAGGUUAGGAGGAAAUUUUCCUUGAUGGGAAUUCAGAUUUUUUUUCAGCAACAUGUCUUCUAUGUCUUUUGAAAGAUCCUUUGUAGUUCAGUCUGUGUACUUUCUCAAUAGUAGGAAGAAUUUUACAUUGUACAUUAACAAGUAUUUUCUCUGUCUUUAAAGAGCAGCUUUUUCUCAAAAAAAAAAAGAGUGUACUAAAGACAUUUAUUUGACAUAGCCAGUCUUUGUUCUAAUGGUUCAUUUACUCCUCAAAACAUGAUAAUAGAGUUCCUCUUCCUUUUCCAGCCUUUUUCUUAGAAAUAAGGGUUUGAAAUAUUAUCCUGCAGCAAGAAUAAAAAGUGAUACCUUGUUAUUUGCUUGUUUAAUCUGAAUUAAAGUAAUCAUAAGACAUUUAACUUAAAGCAGGUUUAGCAUGCACUCCAAGAGGAAAAAAAGUCAAAAAAGUUCAAUGCUGCCUUUGAGUGAUGUGACUUGAUUGUCAGACAUUGUUUGAAACUGAUCUUGCAUCACAAUAUCGAAGACAAAAUAUCAAGAAUACACUGAUUAGACACAACAUUUCAAACACCAAACAGCAUAUUCAGAGGCCUUCAAUGUCUCUUUGAUCUGAGAUUCAGCUCUGUAUUACAUUUUCAAGAUUUAAGGUUCAAAUGAACAAGUUUUAUGGAGAACUGUUCAAGUUUUGUUACUUGUGUUGACAAUCCAAGCAAAUCUGAGUGUCAUUUGUUCAUAUGUUUUCUAAUGUGAAACUAAAUACUAAAACAAAAGAACAAAGAAAACAUUGUUUUUAACCCAAAAGAAUCUUUAUCUUUUAUUUCUGUUAAACACAUAAAACAGUUAAUUUGUUAUUAAUGGAUUUUAUUUGGUUCUAUUACUUUACAUGAAAGCCUCUUCAGGCAUAAUCCCCUGUCACCACAAACCCCCUUCCCUCAAACACUCUAAACAAUAGUGCAGGACCGUGUAACUAGAUCACAGUAUGUACUCGUAAAUACAGCUUCAUAUAAUGUAAACAGAGAGGUUUUGCGCUGAAUAUUGUGCACAUUUUAAAUGCUUCUUUUUUAUAUGUAAUUCUUACAUUUGUACUUGAAACACAGGCUUAUGCAAAAAGUGAAUUAAUUUGAGAGGUUACAGAUGAUAAUAUUUUAUUUGUGUGAUUAUUAUUCAACUAUGAUUUCAUCUAUGCAGGCGGACAUGAGCGUAAUGCAAGGCUACACAGCAAGUACAUUUACAGCCCAGGGGAACAUACUUGUUUUCUACAGACCCUGGUGAAAACAUGUUUCACUGAAAAUCUGUUGGUGUUCCUUCUAAAAUCAUAACCUGUAUUGCAAAUAAUCACAAUAUGAUUAUUUUACAUUGGUGCAAACCUAUCUACCUUUAAGUUUUCUGGAGACUAGACCCCCAACUUUAUACUGCACAACAAACAUAGCUAUUCAAUAUGUCACUAUUGACAAAAUAAAUGCCAAAAUCAUACAGCACCAAGUUAUGCUAUGAAAAAAGUAUGAAAAAAGGGUUAUUUGGGUGCUAUCAUUAACAACAACAACAAUGAUAAUAAUAAUAGUAAUAAGAAGAAGAAGAAUAAACGAUGAUGCAUCAGAUUUUAUACAGUCCUUUAUCAGAGACCCUCAAAGCGCUUUACAUUGGAUACAUCAUUCAUUCACUCACACAGUCCCACCCUGGUGGUGGUAAACUACCCUAAUAGUCACAACUGCCCUGACGCAGACUGACGGAAACGUGGCUGACAGUUUGCACCCAUGGCCUCUCUGACCACCAUCACACAACACUCACAAUCAUAUACCAGUGGAGGACACACACUGGAAGCAAGGUGGGUUAAGUGUCCUGCCCAAAGACACAAAGUUCUUUGGUCAGUAGUAGGGAUAGGGGGGUAUCGAACUAUUGUCUGUGUUUGUCUUUGAAUUUUGAAAAGUGAAAAAUGAACAAAUGAUACACAGAUGUAUACCUCUAUUGUACUAACAGUUUCAGUCUUGAUAUGCAGUGAGAUCACGAUCAUGAGAGCACACUUGUCACUAAACUGAGCAUUUAGUGUUAACAGAAUAAAAAAAAGAAAUUGCUUAAUGACAUGUGUGCUUGCUGUCUAGUUUCUCUGCAUGAAUACAAUAGAUGGUGGUUAUUUAUGAAUAGCUGUGCAAAAUCUGUUCCCUUACCUCAGACUGGUGGCGGCCCUCUGAGGCACAUACUAGAGGAGCAGCAGCCUUCUUCCCUCCUCUUCUGGGUCUUCAUCCUGUAUUUGCAUCAACUUUCAAAGGUCAUGAUCCAGGACUCCUGCAGUCCCACACCUCAGGUACACAAAUAACUAUCUCAAACUCAGUCAAGAUGAUGUUAUUUGAAGCAAAGCAAAAACUUUUGUACUGUUAUUUCUUGUUCUCAUGAGUAUCCAUUUAAAGAAAUGCACAAUGCCAGUUUCUGUAGGCGUCACUGGAACAGUCAAUGGCAGGAGCGCUUCUUCUCCUACUGGGAACUCUGCUGUGAACACGAGUUCAGCUCCAACUAAGGAAACCAAGGAGAAAGCUAAAGCCAACAGAACCCAAAAGAGCAGCAGGGACCUGGGCCAACUGCAGCAGAAGACUGUUCCGAAAAUCAAAGAAAAGGUUAACGCUUUACUCGCUCUACUACUCAAGAACAAUACACUGCAUGAAACACACUUUAUCUAUUUGAUCCAGUUCUCUUCUCAACUGUUGAUUAAGACUUUCAUUAUCAUUCAGAAACCCAUCAAAAGACCACUUGAGACCUCCAGCAUGAGUGGUAGUCAGUCUGGCUCGUUGUCAGACAGCUCCAGUGAUAGUGAGGAGAGCAGCAGUGAUCCUGACGACAUGGAGGAGGAUGAGGAGGAGGACGAUGAGGAUGAGGAUGAUCAGAGCAUUAACAGUGAGGACUCAGAUUCAGAGAAGGAAAGCCAAGUGAAAGGGAAGAUCAAGGUGACUUUAUAUCUCACAUCGUUAAUGUUUGUGUUUUGAUACGAUACUUUUAAUGUCCUCUCAGGGGACUUUUUGUUGGACAGAUUGUGUAGCAUCCAUUAAGCGUUCUCUGCAGUGGUGUAUGGUAAAUAAUUGGCAGCAUUCUUGGUUAGAAAAUCAGCAAAUACUGAAUACAAAACUUACCUUUCUAGUCUCUUUCUGAAUAGUUCAUAAAAGCAUAUUGUUUGCAACAAAAAACGAAAAGUUCUUGUUGUUGUUUAGGGUUUUCUAGCACCAGAUGUUUUUUUUUUAAGUGAUAGUUUGGCUGUAUAACAUUGUUCCUUGUGUAGUAAAUGUUACUUGGGUUGUCAAAAGCUUGGAUAGUGGUGGGUGGCAAACAGGAUGUAUGUGCUAGUUGACAGGGUUGCCACAGCAGGAGCUGACAUGACACACUGUCUUCUCCCCCUUUUCCUCAUCCUCCCACUCAGCGGCUGACACAGAAGACUUCAGAGAGUAAAAAGGAAGGAUCUGGCUCUGCUGAUGGAAAAGUAACCCAAAACAGUCACCGUGACUUUGUCCCCUCAACUCUGCACCAGCUCAGCUCCUCUACUCAUCCUGCUGGACAACCCCAGUCCACAGCACUCUUCCAGAGCUCCGGGACCGCAGAGGAGAACAGCCAGCAGCACAUCAGUGUCAUCCAGGCCACAGGGUUGGCAGCUGGAAACAGUCUUCAAGGAAAGUCCCACAGAGUGGCCUCCAACCCGAACUCCGUGUCCAAUUCGCCUAAAUACUUACCUCCUUCCUCUUCACCACAGCACAAGUCUGUCUCCCGCUCUCCAAAACCUCUCGCUCUCUGCUCUCCAUCAAAACCCCUGUCACUCUGCUCCUCGCACAAAUCUCUCACCCUCUCUAAACAAUCAACAAUGUUAGCCACACGAAAGCCCCAACAUAAACCCAGGUUCUUAAUGCCCUCUUCAAAGCACAACCACCCUGUUGAUGACACUAAAGAGGGCAGUGGAAACCCUCCUGAAGAAAGACUGUCGCACCUGAACAGCUUAAAAUUGAAACAGGUGAGUCAUGUUUGGUAGUUGGGUUUAAGGUGAUAGAUAUUAUUUGUUUGUUUAUCUAAAAGUCUGUGAAAAAGCACCAAAUAUGAGAAUUUUUAACCUUUAAUUCUGAGGGGAAAAGAACAAAAGCUCUUCAACAAGGAAGUCAAAUGAAUGCAUUGUUUUGGCACGUACGCAUCCUAAAUCCUGACCUAUCAUCUUCUGAAAAUUCUGUGCAACAUCAGAGGUCUAUUUUCCCCGUUCUUUAUAAAUUCUUCUCUUACUUUAACAUUUUCCAACCAUUCCAGGGGAUUUAGAAGGUCAGGCAAGAAAAAACAACAAAUUUUUACACAGAUAACAGCCUUGCAUUUAAUCAUUUUUUUCUCUCUUUUCGCCAAUAUACAAGACCUUAAUGUUAUUAGAAAUUCAAAACCCUAAAAUCACUCUUGGAGCUUAAUAUAUUUACAAAAAUAGAUGCAUCUUUAAUAAACCUCUUAUGUUUUUCCAUGUUUUACAGUAGAAAAAAGCCUGCUCUUAGUUGUCGUCCAUCAAUUUUCUGUCAAAAAAUAAAUAAAAUUAGUGUAUUCCCAGUGGACAUAAGUAAAUGAAUGCUUAUACGCUAUUAUUUGGGCUUUUAUUUUGCUGCACGUCUGACCGCUACGUGACUACAAGUGACAAAGCAUCGGGCUCCGCUGGGAAUGCUUCACAAAAGUGACAAGCAAUUAGCUCUGUUAUGUUUUGGGAUGUUUGUUAUCAAGAGAGAGAAAUCUGUCUCUUUUAGAGGACUCUGUUAUUGUCGUUAUUUUGAAAAGUCUAUAACAAGGGGCUUUUAAUUCAUAUGAUGGUGGGACAUUAAACACCAGAGUAUGACAAUAGCAACAAAUACAGGCUGACAGCUGAAGUCCCACAAUGGCACUGAGCCAAACAAUUUGGAAAUAUUUUCCACAGUAGUUUUUUUCGUCUCCGUUGUUGACAGGCAUGAGCCGACUCUUCAUUGUCCUUGUCUCUUAUUACACCUCAAAUUCUUUCCUUCACAGCCCACAGCGAUGUAAUGUGAGUGACAGUUUGUGUAAUUACUUCCUUUGUUCCUUUUUGUCUUCCUUUUCCCUUUCUUUUUUUAUUUAUGAAGGCCCUCCAUACCAAGGACCCUGUGAGGCAAGCUUCAUCUCUGCCACCAGAUAGCCAUGACCAGCACAUGAGUUCAGCCUCCUCCUCACCUGAUAAGCCAUGGUCAGAUCCGUUUAGGAGUCAUUUACUGUCUCUUCCACACAGUAACGACACAAAUCUGUUCCUGAGUGGCCCCCUUAAUGGACUAAACAACAGCGCAGUUCAGGAAGCCCCCUUGGCCCUCAUCACUAAACCCCGCAGCCAGAGCAGCAGCAGCCUCGCAAGCAAGCCCCUCCUGGCAGCCUCAAGCCCUCCGUGUCAAAUGCCCAUCAACUUAAGCACCAGCACCAAGGACAUGUCAGCUAGCUCCUCUUCCUCACUUAAAUCUUCAACAUCACCGGGGCUGGUUCACAAACCAAGGAAGACCAAGUCUACCAAGGUUUUGAAAGCAGGACCAAGCCUCUCUAAACCAAGCCCACCUUGUCCAACUGUAGACUCAGUACGAGGCAGAGAGUCUGGUAUCCACAGCAGCAAGGACUCCGACGAUUCUGUAGGAGAUGACUAUGAUGAUGAUGAAGAUGAUGAUAUUGACGAUGGAGAUUCUGGCAGUAGCUUGUCAGGUUGGAUUGAGCCUACUUUUCCCGAGUUUCAAAAAUAAUGCCUUCAAGUGCAUGCAAUUACAGAUAAGAAUGUAAAUGAGGUUUGUCUUGAGGUUUCAUUCUGCUCCUUUUUCCUCCCUCAGAGUUGGAGAGCAAUAUGGAGAGUGACUCUGAUGCCUCUGAUGAUGAAACAAAGAAUCGCAACGGCACAGAAGCAGAUAGCGACUCAGACAAGACUCCUCUUAAACUCGAUAAUAAAGCUCCUUCAGCGUCUGCUCCACAGUCCACCUCCUCCUCCUCGGAUCUGUCAGCAAACUCCUUCCUGCUUAACCUGCACAUCAUCAAGCCUCCUAGUUUACCGAGUAGCUUACUCAACCCCACCAACCCAGUGACCAGCUCAGGGCCACUGUGCAACCACAGGAACUCGUCACCCUCCUUCACAUUUGCUGCACUGCCAGGUAACAAACCUAUGAUUUCUCUACAUCCUCAACCUGUAACUCAACUUACUACCAUGAAGAUACGCAUGCUUGUGAUUUACUCAUAAUGAAAGUGUAACUCUUCCUGGAAAGAAAAAAGGAUCAUGACCCAAGUUAGUCAUUUGUCCCUUUGUAUGUUUUAUCCAGCCCAUCAGUGGAAAAGACAGUCAUUUUUCCCUAUAUGAAAAUAUGUUUGCACAAUUCUAAAUUGUCGUGGGUUAAAUGAGCUCACCGGGGGAAAUCAGUUGCAUCAUUGUUUUGAUUGUCUCCAGCAGCGUUUGCUUUCAUAACCCGGGUAGAUGUUUAAUGUUUCUGAUACUGGAUGAGUCAUCGAGCACAUUAUGUCUCAAAUAGAGACAAUAGCUGACUUGCCAUGGUAAGAAAGUCCUCAUUUCUUGUACCAUUAUGUUAGACAGUAAGAGACACCUCAUGCCAUAGCCAGAUUUCUGAGGAAUUAAUUAUUCAGUAGAACCAUUUAUGAAUUUUAAUCUGAGAAAAAGAAGGAACUGCAAUGUGUAUUUUACAGGAGCAGGACUGAAACCUCUAAACCGUCAAAGUAAUAUUGAAGAUAAGAGAAGAACUUUGUUUAUCUCAGAGGGGAAACUCCAUAUCAUAUCAUAUCAUAUCAUAUCAUAUCAUAUCAUAUCAUAUCAUAUCAUAUCAUAUCAUAUUGUGUUAUGUCGUGUCAUGUCAUGUUAUAUCAUAUCUCAUAUCACAUUAUAUCUCAUAUCAUAUCAUAUCUCAUAUCAUCAAUAAUAUCAUAUCAUAUAUCAUAUCAUAUAUCACAUAUAUCGUAUCGUGUCAUAUCAUAUCAUAUCAUAUCAUAUCAUAGGCUUUUUUCUAUUCAAGCUCUCUUUUCAAACUCUGGAGUCACAAAUGGGAUGUUGCAAUCAGUUGAUUAUGCUAAGAACCCCUUAUCCUGUACUGUGACAAAUUCAGCUGAACCUGUUUAUACAUUUAUUUAACCACAUGUGAAACUUUCUGUUCCCUAAGUUGAACAACAAUGUGCCAGGUUUUCCUUCUUUCGCAGAUUUGCAAUGUUAGCCUCCCUCCUUUUUCAGCGUAUUAGAUAAAUCUGUAAACAUGGCAGGUUUGUGGAUUUGCUCUGUACCCCCUGGAGGUGUGAAAAGCGCUGAGUCAUUUCUCCUGUUUUUGUAGGGUCAGGGAAGAGGAGGAGAGUGACAGAUGAGAGAGUUCUGCGGCUGCCUCUUGAGUUUGGGUGAGAUAUUGUCCGUGCACUUCAUAUAAGAAGACACCCAAAGAUUUGAUGGUGUUAAUCUCUUUCUGUUUGUGUUUACUAUUUCACUACCUGCAUUGUUUGUGUUUAUGCGGCUGGUGUUAAAAGUAAAAUGUCAGCUCACUGAAGGCUAGCAAGUGACCUUUCUUAAAGGUCAUCUACAGUUAUCUUUACUCUCUGAAGCAGCCUCAGACUGUCACUGUCAGGAAACAUGAUCACAUCUGCCAGUUAGUUACAUUUAAUAAACAAUAUAAUAUGUGGUUCUGUAAAUUUCAUUUUUGAUUAGAGUUUUAUUGUAAUAGUGCCUGUAACUGCUGCCACUGUGCCAGAAAAGGGGUCUAACAGCAUGCUGUCAGAAAUGAAAUGUUUGCAUUCUCCACAGCAAAGAUUCACAGUUAAAAGAAAGCAAUAAGAGGCUUUAGGAAAGCAUUAUCAAAGUAUGUUUAUGACAGGGUCACCAAAGAAACUACACAUAUUGCUUAAUCAGAUGAGGACAAAAUGAAAGUCCCUCACUGUAGCUUGGACCUGCUUUCAUUCUCAAAUCAAACACCCCAGCUACAACAGUGAGGUCGAAAUAAUUCAAUCCUUGUAACUAUAUUUCGUGUGGCUGAACAGUCUGUUGAAUAAUCAUGCUUGAACAAGACAGCUGUAAAUGUUUUUAAAAACUAUUGCUUGUGUUCCUGAUUUGAGAACAGGCAAUCUUCAUGAAGAUCUGAAUGAGAUAUACCACAACAACAUCCUUGCCUUCCUUGAAGGGGUCUUAAAAACCUCACUCUUGCGCUGUAGGUUAUAGUGGGCAGGAAAUGAAAUGAGGCCCAGCAGCUCUGCAUCCAAGGGUUAAUUACAUCCAGCCUCCACACAGACAUGCAACAUUAGCAGCUCCCUUCCCACAAAUUCUGCAGCCCUGGAUCAGGAUGCCUUUCAUCUUCUGGGGAUGUUUUUCAUCAGCUGGAUCAGGAAACAGGGGCCACAAGACUGUGCAAUAUCAGCCUCCGCUCCGUCCAGAACAACAACCCACAUGUUGUAUCGCUAAGCCUGGCCUGCUCCCCAGCGGAGCUCUAUGGAACUGAGGGGUUACCCUCUCUGGCCCGUGGCCACUUUGGAGUGUGCACGGGACAAGUUGGCCACAGAGCAUAUGUGCACAAUAAACAGCUGUGAAGACAUUACAGACUCAAUUCAUCUCCUUCUGUGCUUGCUCUUGGUAAAAAAUAAAUGAUAUGAAACUCACCACGUUGAUAGGGAAACAAAUUUCAGACCGCAGGGGGGGAACGUCUUUUAAAGAAGAGCCCAAAAGAUUUAUACAAGUGUGACUGAACACAGCUGUGUGCAAUACUUCGAAUACUUCUUUAUAUUAUCAAUAAGUACCCUGCAUGUAACUUUCCUGCAUUUCCCUUGUUCUUCAGGUGGCAUAGAGAGACCAGAAUCAGAACUGUGGCUGGUCGCCUUCAAGGUGAGGUAGCUUAUUUUGCACCAUGUGGGAAAAAGCUUCGUCAGUAUCCUGAUGUGAUGAAGGUAAGUGAGAAGCUUCAUUUCAUGUAAAACAGAUUAAAACCAAUAAAUUAUUGCACAUUACACUGGAUGAUAUUAGAAAUGAUGAUGUGUGAGUAAAAAUAUCUUCCUCUCACUUUGACAAAUAUAAUCCGUCUUUUGUCUGCAGUACUUGCUGAGGAAUGGAAUAACUGAAAUCUCACGGGAUAACUUCAGUUUCAGUACAAAAAUCAAAGUUGGGGACUUCUAUGAAGCUAGAGAGGGACAAGAGGUAAAAGUUUCUAAAUGUUCUGUCACAUAACUUUGUAUCAUUGUGUAAUAUGUACAUAUCACAGUAUAAUAUGUACAGAUAUUUCUGUUUUAUUGUAGUCCUGAUUUCAAACCUUUUCAAAGUUUGUGAUGAAAGAAUUUAAUAAUAGAAAUUAUAACAUCUGUGUUAGGUUGAAUAGACAUCAAAUUGUAUUGUCAGAUACAAACAUAUUUAUAUUAAAUGUGCACAGAAAAUAAAAAUCAGUUAUUAUUAAAGCAAUGUGUAGAAAAUAAGUCUUGUCGGCUCAUCGUUUUUAGCCCACAAUUCCUCUCAUUUUAAUUGACCCAGGGUUUUCAGUGGUCUCUGCUGACUGAGGAAGAAAUCGCUCCUAGUAUCAUUGCCAUGGACGGGAGGCGCAGCCGUUCCACAAAGUCUGAGAAUCAGCCAGUGGGUGAUGUCUCUGCAGCCAGACAGUGGCUCUCUCAUCCUGUGAACGUGGGGGAAAAUAACUCCCAAGAUGUCAGCGAUGCUAAACUGCAGCGCAAACUGGAGGCUCAAGGUCAGUUUACGUCUUGAAAGCUGUCCCCAGCACCUGCUCCAGAGGAAAUCAAAGACGAACUACAAGCUGUAUGUUUUAUCAGCGUUUCUCACAUAGAGGUUUACUGCCUGAAUUAUUUAUAGUAUGAUAAAUGGUCAGCUGGGGAUAUAGAUGUGAAAUUGACUGCGUUUAUAUAGGGCUUUCUCCAGUCUGCUGACCAGCCUUUGCUUUUACAUCAUGUGUCACAUUCACCCUUUCACGCACACUGAUGGCAGAGGCUGCUAUGUAGAGCGCCCAUUGCUUUCAACCAAUUCCAUUCACAGGGUCGAGUGUCUUGCCCAAGGACACCUGGCAUGUGGACAGCAGGGAAUCAAACCCCCCAACUUUACCCUUAAAACAGUAUUGUUAACUUGAAAGAAUUUAAAUAUGCUGUCAGGGCAAGGGAGAAAAAUUAACAGUUUUCAAGCAUCUUAAAUAUUAGUGGAAGGUGUUUCAUGUCUCAAGAUUAAGUGCUCUGCUUACAAUCACACAUGGCAAAUGCUAUUUAAAAGGAAGCGACGCAUAUAGAUUUCCCAUAAGUUUCCAUCAUGGCACAGCAAUACCUUACUGCAUGAAUUCAAAACAUUUUUUUGCAGGUAUUGAGUGAUUCCAAGAAGCGUAAGGGUUAAAUUUGGACUCAUAAAUGUCUGCGAUUUUGACAACAUAUUUCCUCAUGUUUCAGAAAUAGCUCGGCAAGCUGCUCAGAUCAAAAUGAUGAGAAAACUUGAGAAGCAGGCCAUGGCACAAGCAGCAAAAGAGGCCAAAAAGCAACAAGGUAUACAGCAGCUGUUUAGUUUGACUUUGCUCAAACACCAAAUCCUUACAUCCUUACAUACAGCUAAAUUUGUUUGUGUUUUUCAGCUAUAAUGGCUGCAGAGGAGAGGCGGAAAAAGAGAGAGCAGAUGAAGAUCCUUAAACAGCAAGUGAGGAUGUUUCUUUGCAUAUGUUUAGUUUUUCACGCAAAGCUUGAUAACGGUCCACAGCUGCUCUGCAGCGUACAAGAGUCUCAAGGUGAAAAGGUUUUAAGCACCAUUUAGCCGCUUUUGAAAUUCUGUAAGAAAGUUACUAUCCUUCAAAAUGCUGCACCUUUCUCAUCUGCAUAGACUCGCUAUACUUCUCCACUUCCCCCUAACCCCCUGCACUCUAUAACAUGCUUGACUUAACAGUUAAUUCAUUUGAUCUCGCCCUCAUCCUUUUACCAGGAGAAGAUCAAGCGCAUUCAGCAAAUUCGUAUGGAGAAAGAACUCCGAGCACAGCAAAUUCUCGAGGUUGGUCCUAAAGUUAUUACAGAAACAUUCUCAAACACUUCCUUUUUGCUGUUGAUAGAAUUUUUAAAAUACCCGACCAAGAGCUUUUCCCUAAAUUAUGUGCUCCCACUUUUGGGAGUGUGUUCAUGUGACUAAUGCCUAAUUGGUUUUAUUUUGCAAAAGUGCAAUUAAAUAUGAAUCCCCUCGGACCGUGAUGAAGUGUUAUACAAAGUACAGUAUUUCAUUAAGUAAGAGGUGGUCCACAGUUCACUGUGGCUAGGUGAAACACCUUUUUUGUAUUCUCUCACUUCUCAAAGCUGUGGAGUAUUUUAGCUUUUUAUAAAUCAAAUUUCAGUUGACACGCUUGGCGAGCGGCUCUUAACAGGAUUUUGUCGAGGCUAUAAUUACUGAGAGAAUUUUUGUUUAAUUUAUUCUCACUGCCUGCUGGUGUUUCAUAAUAACCACAGCCAAUUUGUCUCUCUGUGUUAAUGUGAGGAAAUAACCAUCUCAUUGCUCAAGAUCUCAAUAUGUUAGGUUUGACUUUAUCACUGAGCCUCUGGCUCUAUUAAGCUUCUAUAGACAACAUUAGCAGAUUGACAAAAAGCAUUACUGCAAACACAUACCAGGCUACUGCAUAAUAUUAAGGGCAAUGCUUAAUAAAUGUAUCUGUUUAAAACAUUCUGAUGAUUUUAGUGGUUCUUAUUGUUUUUAAUUAAUGAUGUAAAUUACCAAUAAUGUAAACGUUUAUUUUACAUUUAUUUCAUUCAAAGCUUUCUUGUGGUGCUUAAAAGGCCUUUUAGCUUAUUUUGCAUGACUUUGACACCCCUGUUGCUAAUACAGACAAAAAGAAAAAGGAGAGCUGAAGCAGAAAAUGCCAAAAUACUGGAGGCAGCAAAGAGAAACAAGGUGAGUGUGUUGUACACAAACUCUUGUUGUUAAUUGUUUCUCACUUGCGUUAUUUUGCUACCUUGCUCAUCUGCCACAAUUGUCCCCUUACGCUCCCUUCAUAUGGUUUUGUUCCACUCCAGUGUUUUUGAUUGAAAACACAGACCCUGUCGAGGUUAAUCACUUUAAUGAAAAGCAUUCAAUAUUUUUCUCAUUAUCAUAAUGGAUGGAGUGUAGAACCCCAGGAGUUUGGCAUGAAGUUCUAUAUAGGAAGUUGAGGCAUAUGUGUACACCAAAUGUUCUUUUUUUCACAUUUUCUGCACUUCUACUUUCCUAAAAUUCACUCUGUCAUGUUCAUUUCUAUGUAGACUACUAUUGCUAUAUAAUUUUUUAUCACCAUAAUUGUAUAAGUAGUGAAAGUAUCAGCAUUGUGACCACCUGGAGCAUUCAUGAACUGCCUCUAAAUAUGACUGCUAGCACGACUGACAUGAAAGCCAUCAGUGUUGUACUUCGUUCUUUUUUCUAUUUCACCCUCAGCCACUCAACAUCUUAUCUUACUUUGAAGUGAUGUUCAUCUGUUUUUUUGGGUUUUGAUCUAAUAUUUACCGACUGUAUUGAUCUUCUUCUUAAAGGAGAAGGAGAUGAGAAGAUUGCACGCCGUCAUAAUGAAGCACCAGGUUGGUCUUUUGUCCACAAUAUUACACAAAUCAACCUCUCCUCUUUAUUUGAGCAGCUUUACUGAGAUUAAAAGUCUGAGAUUUAUUUACCCAAUGAAGUGAUUUCGUAAAAUACAUCAUGUAAAGCUGAGAUUCUUGUUUUACUUCCUCAAAGCUUACCAUUACAUUUGAUUUAGCCUGUCUCUUGCAUUGAUUUUAAUGUGUGGUCUUCUAUUUGUUAAUUCUCUGCCGACUCUUCCUCCCAGGAGUUGGAGAGGCAUAGACUAGAUAUGGUAUGGGUAUGUUUGUUUCUGUACAUUCAAUAACAUAUCGUUGACGUCUUGUGAUCAGUGGUUGUUGUCAUACCCGUGCCUGUAAAGAGUAGCAUUGGCUGCAGUCAUACUACAUCUUUCUGCAUGGCCUUUUUCAAAAAGUGCACUCAAACAUCUGCUCUGUCCUUUUUGUAACAAGAGAGAAACACACUCUUCAUGCUGCUGCUGCUGCAAUCAAAAGGCCUCAGACACCCUGAACGCCUGAAAAAGCACAAACUGCCUUUACUUUUUGUAUCAUUUUAGAUCAACUAAAUUAGAGUACUUACAAUCUGUUUACUCUGCAGCAUGUGAGCCAGCUUUUUAUAAUCUAUUCUAUCACCUGAAAAAUGAAAAAAAUCAAUACACAGUUUGUAUUCUUGCCAGAGAGUUAAUUGAAUCAACAUUUGGUGGUCUUAUCAAUUUUCCUGAUAUUCAAAUGUGUCAUCCUGGCUUUGCUUUUGAAUUAUUCUAAUAAAAAGAUAAACUUCAAACUGUAAGAAAGGCAAAUAUGGCAUGAUUGACUUUUUGAAGACAAGGUUUUACACUGAAGACAUUUUCAACUAGAUAUAUACUCAAGGAUGUUUUGACAUCUUUCUUUUUUUUGUCAGUGUUUAGCAGCUUUACGUGUUUUGAUUGUCCGUGUAUCACUCAGUGUUUGCUUAUACUUCCAAAACCCCUGGCCUGGACCUUUCAGUCUGCUGCUUGCCACCUUGCCUAGUUUAAUAAUAUUAAUUUCUAACUUUGAGCUUCUGCUGUAUGAAUGCGUCAGUAUCAGUUUUGACCUGUCACUGUGGCCGUUUUGAUUUUUUUGUUGGUGUACUGUCAUGUUUAGAUAUUCUGCAAUGUGCAAAAUAUUGAGUGUGUUUUGAUUGUGGCAAAUCUGCGUGUCUUCUUCUUCUUCCAUGCAUGUCAUGGGGUUAACACCGGUCAUAGCAUAUCUUUUAAUCUUUGUUAAUAUGGAAUUGAUUUAAAACAGAUUAAACUGUGUGUUUGUGCUUCGGCAGGAGAGGGAAAGACGCAGGCAGCACAUGAUGCUCAUGAAGGCAGUGGAGGCUCGCAAAAAGGCAGAGGUGGGUUCGUCCUAAUCUAAACAUGUGCAGGGAUUUGACAUAAAAACGCUGUACUCAGCUGCAGAGAUGGUAAUGCUUCCUUUCUUCUUAUGUAGGAGAAGGAACGUCUGAAGAAAGAGAAAAAGGAUGAGAAACGGCUGAACAAGGAGAGGAAACUGGAGCUCAAGAGACUGGAACUGGAGAAAGCAAAGGAGCUGAAAAAGCCAAAUGAAGACAUGUGUUUAGCAGAUCAUAAGGUAUUCACACACUGUGGAACUGCUGGCAGAUGAUAAUGAGAGUCCGUGUUCGUCACUGUGGAUACUCUCCAUCUGUGGAGUAGAUGUGUGUGGAAAGAUUAGAUUUUCCAGCAGCAGAGGGUUUUCAAACCUGGACAUCAAUCAGUAUAAUCACUGCUGGAGCUAUAGGCAAGAAGAUUAAAAAUGCUUUUGACAAAUUUAUGGAUUCAUUGUGUCACUUUGAGAUCUACCAAAAUAGAUGCAUAAUAUCACUGAAAGCAUCUGGAUUUGAUUAAAAAGAGAGCAGGUGUAGGUCAAAAUACUGCCACCAAGUGGCCACUGCUAUUAUAAGUUGGUCACUGGUGUUAUUGACAGGAAAAAAAUCUCUGUAAACAGAACCAACUUUCCAAAUAAGCUUGUUGAGCCUGUUAGCACUAUUUGCCUCCAGUCUGCCACCCCAGCACACUACAGGGUAGAAAAAGGUGAUGGCCACAGACACUGAGAGAUCUGAGCCUCCUGAGAAAACACAGGUGGCUCAGAGCCUUCCUGUGGGCUGGACCUGUGUUAUUAGUCCAGUCCAAGUCAGUGUCUGCUUUAAUACCAUGAUGGUCACCGAGUUAGGACAGGUCCUCUUGUUUCCUCGUCUUUGUAAGGUUGUCACAAAGUUUCUCUGUGUUCCUUCAAAACAUAUUUGCAUGUGGUUUGGUUCACACCAUUUCACAAACCUGUCCCUCUUCCAGUGGGCCUCCUGAACCCUGCUAUUACAGCUCAGGAUUGCAGGGCCAUCAGAUAAAUUCUGCAGGUGACAGGACUGUGAGUGUGAUCUAGUCUAAGCUGUAGAGUGUGGGGAAAAAAAGGGAGAUGAGGCUGACCCUUGUUCUGCGUUGAUGAUGUUUGAUAUGCAGUUCUGUGGGCCUGCAUACUGUGAGCAGCCUGUGAAGUAGUUCACAAUCCAGGAAAAAUAUAUCUUGAUGAAAUGGCAAAUUAUUUAAAAAAGUCCAUUAACUCUUGAUGUGAUGUUUGACAUGUCAAAAUCUUGUCUUUGUUCCUCCAGCCACUUCCAGAGUUGUCCCGGAUCCCUGGUCUGGUCUUACCAGGAGGUACUCUCUCGGACUGCCUGAUGGUGCUACAGUUUCUCCACAGCUUUAGUAAGGUCCUCAGGUUGGACAUAAACCUGAACACGCUCAACUUAAGUGUCCUUCAAGAAGGCUUGCUCAACAUUGGGGACAGUAUGGGCACAGUUCAGGACCUGCUGGUGAGCAUGCUCUCUGCGGCUGUGUGUGAUCCUGGAAUACCUGCUGGUCACAAGGUGAGAAUCUGACAUUGAACUGUAAAUUAUUUCUCCACUGUAAUUUAGAUGUUUGUAUACGAGGAGAGAUACAGGAACCAGAGCCUGCAUACAUCAUUUGUCUAUGUUUUUAAAAUGCAUUCACUCUGAUGUAAAUACUCUCUUUACUGUACUUAAACUUUCUCUGCUUUAGGGAUUACAUUAGUAACAAGGGAGCUAACUUCUUGAAUAUCAAGUUUGUUUUAUUUAUGAUGUCAAAGGAAUAACUUAAGGCAUGAUAAUACAUAUCAUAUUCAGCCCUAUAUUCAAUGUUUCUUUCCUCUAAAUACAUUUAAAUAUAGUAAAAAUAUGCAAAUCUAAUGCUCUGUUUUGCCUGUGCCUUCUCUCAGUAACCCUCUGAUGGGUUACAGAAGUUCUGGUUUAAAAUUAAACUAAAGAAAUGAACACUGUGGCCUCACUUCCUCUAUAUGGAAACUUUAUUUCCACCAGAAUAAGACCACCUUGGGGGACAAUGUGACUAAUGUGGAAAUCAACCAAGACAAUGUGUCCGAGAUCCUGCAGAUAUACAUGGAGGCUCACUGCGAGCAGACAGAGCUGGCUGCUCUGGCCCUCAGCCUCAGGACCAAAGCUUUUCAGGCCCACAGUCCCUCACAGAAAGCCUCUCUGCUCGCGUUCUUGGUUAAUGAGCUCUGCUGCAGUAAGGCAGUGAUCAGGUGAGUCAUGGCUCCUUCUAUAUGUCUGUCUGCCUUUGAUUUGUAGAUUUAACACAUCGAGGGAACUCAGGUUUGAUGGCAGCAAUAAACUAUUCAUAGUGAUCCAAAAUGGCACUUAAAUAAACAUACAGCAUACAUUUAAGGUAAACAGAUAAUUACUUGAGAAAAGGAUCGAGUGUGCUGUACAAAGAGUAGGAAGUAAUGGCUUGUUUUAUUCAUGGGAGCUUCAGUUUUAAUGAAAAAGGAGACACAUCAAAAGAAAUAGGACUAAAAUCGUGGUCUGAUGGACAGUUUCACAAGGUUGCAUCAAACCACGAAUCAUCAAUUUUUCAUCAGUUCUGGUAACACUUUGAAACACGUCUGCUCCUCGCUGCAGUGUGAUGCAAACACAUCCACUUUUAUUGUACUGGCAGGUCACAGAAACAUGUGUUUCAUUAUUGUCUGACACUUUUCAGCGAGAUCGACAAAAACAUCGAUCACAUGACCAACCUGAGGAAGGAUAAGUGGGCCAUUGAGGGAAAGCUUCGAAAGUGAGUAUUUACAUGAUCUAAGCCGAUCUUAAUUCAGGUGAAUGAGUGAUCUUCAACCAAACUGUGUGUUUUUUUUGUCCUGAAAGACUGAGGAGGAUCCAUGCAAAGAAGACCGGAAAGAGGGACAACAGUGCAGGGGGAGAGGACAGCCACAUCUUUAUCAUCCCUACAGCUCGAAACAAAUCCAGGAGGAAAGAAGGAGAAAGCGAGGAAGAAGAAGACGAGGAUGAUGACAGUGAAGAUCAAGGAGAGGAUGACGAGGAGGAGGAGGAGUUAGGGGGAAAGAAGGGAAAGAAAGCAGAGAUAUGUGAGGAGGAGGUCAGUACUAAUAUUUUUCAUUGAUAUUGGUAUACCAUACAUGUCAAUCACUCUUCUGGUGAUGUCACACUUAUGAGAUGUUGUUUAUCUAGGACAACAGUGUUCAGUCAGCCAGCAUGGAGGAGCUGGAGAAACAGAUAGAGAAAACGUACAAGGUAAGUGAAACCCUGUGAGUCCUUUUUCUGUUCAGUUGCAGCUCAUGAAUAAAUGAAACGAUCUGCUCUUUCUGCCCCUUUAGCAACAGAGUCAGAUCAGACAGAAGUUAGCGGACUCAUCUCACUCUCUACGCUCCAUGAUGAUCGGACAGGACCGCUACAAGAGACGUUACUGGAUCCUCCCGCCGUGUGGCGGUAUCUUUGUGGAGGGCAUGGAGAGCGGUGAAGGUGCAAACUAGAAACUUUUUGUUUUUUUCUAUUCUUAGUUUUGAAAAGUUGAUGUCUUGUUUAAGUUAACCUUUGCUCUCUCAGGUCAUGAAGAGGUGGAGAAGGAGAGGAAAAGGCAGAGGCCCGCUCAAGCUGUCAAGAUAGAAGAAGAGUACCUGGAAGACACAAAGAAGCCAGUGGUUUCCAGCCCAGCACAGAGCACAGACAAUGACACAUCCCCACCUGAGAGCCAGCAGGACAAAGAAAGUCUUAAUCUCUUUCUUCAGAAACCCGGCUCCCUCUCUAAGCUCAGCAAACUCCUGGAAGUCGCCAAAAUGGCCCGUGAUUCAGACAUUGAUCCUCACAGCAGUCAUAAAAAUCACUCAGCACAAGUCCCCACCACUACAUCUCAUCCGUCAUAUCCCCCUCCUCAGACAGCUACCGCUCAGCAGGGACUGUUUGAUAAAACAGACACUCCGGUGCUCAAAAGCAGACAUGAGUCUAUCCUUCAUGAAGACCAGCUCUCCAAGGUACUAACAGAGAAAAGCAACCAGUGGUUUAGCCUGCUGCCUCGCUCUCCUUGUGACGAGUCCUCUGUCACCUCUGGCUCCAGCCCUCUCACCUCAUCCUCUCCUUUACAGACUAACAGCAACAAAUCCCCUUCCCCCCUGUCCUCUGAUCCUGUAGCCACAGACAGCUCCAGUUCUCCUGCUGGGAUCAAUAACAUGCAGCUGUCUGUCCUCCAGGUUGGUGGAUAAAAACAACACCAUACUAAAGUCUGUUACAGUUGUGUUUAAUGGGGCUGUUUGGAUAUAUAUCCGGGGUAUUAGCAAUGAAACUGCAUCAUAUCAGGUGUGUUUCUUUUGAUAUUAUUUGUAUGUUGAAUUAAAGUUGAAGGAUGUGUGUUUUUCCUCUCAGCAGUUUCAGGCAGGCAUGAAUGAAAGCAGACCAACACUGUGUGACAUGUCAAGCGCCUCAACAACUCCCAGCCUGCCCUUCACUGGUACUUUUCUACCUCCCAUGCUGGUUUUGUCCUCCCAGCAUGCAGAGGGUAAUGUGAACAGGAUCUUCUUCCCAGAAAACAACAAGAGCCAGACCCCAGAGCCCUCGAGUGACAAGCCAGCUUGUGGUCCACUCCCUGCUGUGGACGGGGUCAAGACUCAGGACUACCCCUACCCUCAGCCGAUCCCUGAGGGUAAGAACGGCUCACUGCCAGUGCCCACAAGUGAACAUGACGUGAAUACAUGCUGUGAUGACUAUCGGUCAGUUAUAAGAAUCUCCUUUGUUGCUGAAAUUAAACAUUUUCAUAAAUGUGUGUGUGGUUAGAGAUGCUGUGUGGCUGGUGGAGGGUGUCAGACAUGGAGGACCUGCACAGCCUGGUUAAGGCCCUUCAUAGCCGGGGCAUCCGAGAAAAAGCCUUACAGAAACAGCUCCAGAAACACAUGGAGUAUAUGACCCAGCUCUGCACCAGCACCAAAGAUGGUUUGUGACAUUUUUUCUGUCCCUUUUGAGUUAAAAAUGUACAGACUAAAUAAGCUAUUUGUGACAGCUUAAAGGGAUAGACACCCCCUCGAGAGAUGAAUGUUGCCAACCGCUUGCUUCUCUAGUUUUACCAACUUAAUUAACGACCGCACGAUAGCAAUACACAGCAGUCAAUCAAAAAGCCACAAAUAAUGCUCAGAACAGCACCUAACUUCAUCAACAGUACAUAUAGGGUCCCAGCCAUAGGAAUAACCGCCAAACAUCUUUUUAACUUUGGCUAAUUUCUUUAGCAAAACUAAACUCAACUUACCUACUCUCUUCCAGCAGCUGCUUGUUUGUAGGGAGCCCUGAUGAGUCGAUCACCGAGUGCAGCAGAGUUCUGCAGCUCAAGGAAGAACAUUUAGGAUAAUUUCUUCACGAAAUGCAAUCAGACUGAGACGCUAAGGCAGAAGAACUACCACGCCUGCAGUGCAAAAUGAUUAAAAUGAUGAUUAUUACUUAAUAGAAAUGAUAAAGUAAUGAUCAUAAAUGUUCUUCCUUGGGCUGCGUCACCCCGCUGCAGUCAGUGAUGGACUCGUCCGAGGUCUCGCUACAAACAAGCAGCUGCUGGAAGAGUGUAGAUGAGUUGUGUUUGGCCUCUUUGCUAAAGAAAUUAGGCAAAGUUAAAAAGAUGUUUGGUGGCUAGUACUAUGGCUGAAACCCUAUAUCUACUGUUGAUGUAGUUAGGUCCUGUUCUGAGCAUUAUUUGUGGCUUUUUGAUUGACUGCUGUGUAUUGCUAUCGUGCGGUCGUUACUUAAGUUGGUAUAACUAGAGAAGCAAGCCGUCAGCAAUAUUUAUCUCUCGACAGGGUGUCUGACUCGCUGUGACGGUGUGUUUGACCCUAACUUAAUUUUAAGCCGGAAUAUCCCUUUAACGGUUCAUAAAAAAUGUGUAAAGUCAACAGUGGUUUGCAGUAUUCUGUGUGUGUAUUUGUGGUAGUGAUUGAUGUGACACAGCUGGACAAGCAGGAGGUGUGUGAGGAGAUGGUGGCAAGUUGGUGUGUGGAGGAGCAGGCCAUGGACGUGGACAUUAGUUUGUUGCAGCAGGUGGAGGAGCUGGAGAGGAAAGUCAUCUCUGCCAACCUGCAUGUCAAGGUACAUACAGUCAAGCACCCCACUUCUUUAUCUUCUACUUAUUUUAGAGAGUGUUCUCUGAAAAAGUCUUCAGUGCCUCUUUGUCCUUUUGUUGUUUUUGUGCUAAUAGUAGUUAACAUCACUUGUCCCCUCAGGGCUGGAUGCAUCCCGAGCCUCAGUCAGAGAGUGAAGAUCUGGUCUACCAUGAGCACAAGCUCUUUACCUCCCAUCCUGCUCCAGAGAGACACAGACAGAGAGAAAGCAGCCAUGAGGAACUCCCUGGCAGUGUGGUGCGGCGGCCUAACAAUCCCCUUGACAUAGCUGUCCUCAGGCUGGCAGCGCUGGAGAGCAACAUCGAGCGAAGGUACCUAAAGAGAGUCUUGAGUGUAACCUUUAAAGGCAAACUAGAUAAUGUCGAGCUUCCAUCUCUGCCAUCCUUGAGUGGUGAAGGGAAGAGUUAGCCUUAUCUACACCUUAGAGACAGUUACACAGGAGCAACAUUGGUUCGUCUUUUUACUUAUUUUCCCCUUGUUGAGUGUCAAUGGUUGGUAUUCAUCUCAUGAUAGUCUAGCAGGCCAUAUGUGUGAUGGCUGUACAGUAAUACUGCGCCCUGUGUUUUCUUUUAACCUCAAGCAGUGAGGAGGCAGCCGCUCCAGGGAUGAGGUUGUGGCAUAAAGCGCUCGGUGAGGCCCGCAGCUCAGCUCAGCUGUCGCUCUGCAUUCAGCAGCUCCAGAAAAGCAUCUCCUGGGAACGAUCAAUCAUGAAAGCGGUUUGUGUCCCCUCGAAUUCUCUCUCAAAAUCACACACCAAUUUACAGCUCACAUAUAAAGAUGUCAACCGUUCUUUAUGGCUAGGACAGCACAGUUAGCCUGAACAUUUAGGGGCUCCUAAGAGGGUCGUUUUCAGAGACAAGAGAUAAACAAAAGCAAUCACCUUACAACACAUCAGUAACAGUCAACAACUGCAUUAGAUUAAAGCAAAAUAUCUUACAUAAAUGCAAAAUGAUGAAAUGACAGAAAUGCAGGAAACAUUCAUUUGUUUGAGUGUCUGAAUGUUUUGUUUCCAGUACUGCCAGCUAUGUCAAAAGGGGGAUAAUGAGGAGCUGCUCUUGCUCUGUGACAGCUGCGACCAAGGAUGCCACACAUACUGCCAUAAACCCAGGAUCACCACUGUUCCUGAUGGGAAUUGGUACUGUCCCACUUGUGUGACAAAGGUACACCAGCAAGCUGAAAAACAACCUGUCUGGGCAACAGAUCCAGGGGGUCUCAACACAUUUAGCAUAGCUGCAUCACAUGUACAGGUUUGGUUAAUUGAUUUAAAUAUCAUGUGUUUUGUAUGUCUCUACAGCAGCCUUCUGUGUGCGCUGUCACUCAGGAAAGUGGCCAAUCCCCCCGGAGCAGGAGGCACCAGAGCCGAACAGCUGGAGGAGGGAAGAAAGGCAGCGAGGUAAAACGAAAUAGCAAGCCAUCUGUGGUAGAAGAGCUCAUCAGAGAGGAGGCUACCAGCAGCAAUGCUGCGCCAAAGAAAGGUACCAAGGAGGUUAAGAAGAGGAAAGGAGGCGACAGCCCGCAUGGCUCCCAGGCCGGGUAUGACAGCCCCAGCCCCUGUCAAAAAAAAGCCAAAACAGCUAAAGACAACAAUACAAACAGACUGGGGAUGUGUGGGUAAGAACGAAUUUCUCCUCAGUGCAUGAGAGAGUGGGCCGUACUUAAAACACCUCUUCUCUCUGUUCAGAAAGCUUUGUUCCAUAUGAGUUGUUGACUUGAACAUCAUUAACCACACACAAUCUUUGCACAGUACAUGUGUUUUGAAUAUCUGACAUUUUAACCAAAUCUAACAAUGUUAAGCUUCACUGUAACUACUUCAAACAUUGUAUUUGCAGGACAAAGUGCUCAGCUUUAUUUCCCUUUUUCUCUGCAGCGAGCUGCUGUCUGAGCUUGAGGCCCACCCAGAUGCUUGGCCCUUCCUCACACCAGUCAAUCAUAAAUCGGUCCCAGGAUACAAGAAGGUCAUCAAGAAGCCCAUGGACUUCUCCACCAUCAGAGAAAAGCUCACCAACAACCAGUAGGUUGUUUAAAAAAAAACAGUCACAGUUUUACAUUUAUGCUUCAUAUGCACAGUAAUGUGUUUCUUUUACUUAAAUGCCAGCAAUAAUUGAAGGUAGAACCUUUUUCCGGUGAUUACAGGUACUUGAAUUUGGAAACCUUCAUUGUGGACAUCAACCUCGUUUUCGAGAACUGUGAAAAGUUUAAUGAAGAUGAUUCACAGAUUGGACGAGCCGGGCACAGCAUGAGGAGAUUUUUUGACAAACGAUGGACUGAACUGCUGCAAUAACACAGUUUGAACUUUGUAGGCUCCUUCUCACUAAUCAAACUUCAUAUUUUGCGGCUCUGGCCUCUCCUUCAACUGUGGCGCUUAAUGGAUCUGAUGUGCAAUGAGAGGAUGACUUCUCCUGCUGAUAAAAAACCUCAAAGUGCAAUAUUUUUCUUUUUGAAACAACACUGACUUUGGACCACUGACUUCAGACAUAAUUUGGGCUCUAUGUACGAUCAAUAGGUUUACUCGGUAGAUACUGUAGGUCAUUGUCAUUUCCAAUAUCAGUGCUGAAUUGUAUAUGUGUGUGUUUAUUUUCAGAAGUAUUGUGUUACAAUUGGUCAUUUUUUUUAAGAAAAAGCAGAAAAAGGCACACAACUUAAAAAUAAUGGUUGUUUUGUGGACUAUAAAACAAGCCAGUUUACAGCUUUUUGACAAUAAGGUCACAGCAGUAUCACUGUUUAACUGUAUUUAUGUUAAUAGUCUCAUUUUCAAAAUGUACACACAGUAACAGUCUUGGUAAAACAUUGUUGAUGCAUACACAUGAUUGUAGCACUUCAUAUGUCUGAUUCUGUUCUUUUUUGUUCCACUCAAAAACACUGUGGUCUCCUCAGUAUUGCAGUGCCUGGUUUUUGACUUCUUAAGAGUGUACAGAUGAGUUUCUUUUUUUCAGUGUGUGUGUAUGUGUGUGUGUGUACUGUACAUGUGCCUGCGCAAUAUCCUGCAGGAAAUCCUGAAAAUACAAAAUGUCAAACUCUUUGGAGCCCCUGAAAAGAGUCAGUGUGGUGCAUAUAUCAUCUCCAAGCAUUUCUGUCAGCCACCAUCCUGUCAGACAUCCUGUGGACGGACCUGAAACCUGCACUGGGCUUAAAUCCAGCAGAGAGAGGAGCGGAGGGAGUCAGACGGUGUCAUGGUCCAGCGGAGGCGUCUUCAGACAGCUGAAGCCAGAAGACUUGAAGUAACUGUAUUAUAUGAUGAUGAAUUUCGUGAAAUGAGUAGUGACUUUAAUUGGGGAUAUUAUUUUUAAAUAAUGGGUGUGUGACAAGGUUAAAAUAAACUUUCAAAACUG